ACAUCUCUGUCCUAACAGGACCAACUCUGCAACCACAGCUCCAGCACAUCACUAACUGGGGACAUCUCCAGCUGUGAGUGUCUGUGUGAAAGAGACAGGAGACAGCCAGAGACAGAGACCGCCUUCCAGAAAGGGAGCAACAGAGAGACAGACAGACAGAUACAGGCAGAGAGAGAGGCAAUAGAGAGUGUAGCGUAACAGAAAUAGAUGAGAAAGGGGAUUAGAUCCCAAAAAGAGUUGGACAAGGAAUAGACAGACAGGGGGUAGGGACACAGAGGAAAAUUAAUUAAGAAGAACAGAGAGAGGGAAGGAGAGAGGAUGGCAGGAAAGGUAAAUUGAGAGAAAGCAGAAAAAAGAGAGAGAGAAAAAAGGAUAGCAAGAAAGUGACAUAGAUAGACUGAGGGGGUAGAGUGAGAGAGAAAGGAAAACAGAAAGGGGAGCGACAGAAAGAGAGAGGGAGAGAAACGGAGAACUGGAGACAGCUAAGUAACAGAGAGAGAGAGAGAGAGAAUGAGACAGAGCAGAAGGAGAGAGAUCUUGCUGUAAGAUUUUCACACAGAGAGAAGAGAUCCUGGGAGAGAACUAGAGAGAGAGGUAACGGAGAAGAGGGGGAGGGAACAGGAGGGAGACGUCUAGAGUGCUGGUACCUCUCCAAAAAUUAAGGGCAUUUGGGCCUUUUAUUUUAGGAAUGAAUGCUGAUCCCUGUGUGUCUUACUGUGAUCUCCCAGCUAUGGAUUGCUUCUACAGCCCCACAGCCUCUGCCCAGGGCAGGCAGACACAGAGCUCGCCUUUUAGGGCAUUCCAGCCAAGUGAUAAGUUCAAUCCUGCUUUCCUGGCCAGCAAAGGACAAGGAUUUGGGGACAAGUCCAGGGGCCCUUACCAGCAGGAGUGCCAGUCCUUGGAUGGCAAUGGACAGAGUGGCACAGGAGAGCAACAGGGCUCCUUCACCAAAUACCAGCCUCACAUCUACAUGCAGAACAGCUCCUGCAACAAAUCCCCAGCAGACAGCUUGAAACUGCAGGACAGUCCUGGGGACCCCCUAAUUCCCUGCUACGGUAAGAGGGUGCACCCCAAUAUCCCCAAUACCCACCGUCUGCUCUACUAUCCAUUAUUUGCCUUACUUUUUAUAACAACCUAGAUCUGUAGACUUGUAAUUGUCUUGAUUCCUGAAAUGUGGAUGCAAACAUUGCACAGGCUUUUCCAGAGAUUCUAGAUUUCCCCUGUGUUGUAGCCGAGGGCAACUAGCUGAAUAAAUAAAGGACAUCAAAGACUACAUCCUAAUAUGCAGAAUUUGGCUAAAAACAAAACCCAGGGCUUUAAAAUAGGAGGUUGUAAUUUAAUAUUUGCCUUUUUUUUCAUUAUUUUUAUACUGUGAAUAUUUUGCAGUGAUAGAACUUUUAAUAUAUAAGUAGUAUAAUAUUUAAUUAGUAAAAAAUGUAAGUUUCUUUUCAGUCUGUAACUAAAAAAAGAUCUUUGUAGUAGCACAGAAGUAUUACUCUGGUAUAUUAAAAAUAUUUUUGGAGUAUUAGAUCUUUUGAGUAAUUAUUUCUAUGCAUUUAACGUAAAUUAAUGUCAACUGAACAGCUGAAUUUCAAGGCGAAACUGUGAAUUAUUUCAUACUUGAAACCCCAUUUUUAUUUUAUUUUUAAUAUGUUUAUAUUUAAUAUAUUAAUUAUGCAUCUAUAUUGUUUAAUUUUUAAUUUGUAUUUUUCUUGACAAGUUUAAAAUCGUAUUCAUUUUUUGUGGGGUAAUGACAGGUAUAAAUCCCUUCACAAAAAAAAUAAAACUAAGGAUUUACUUUUGUAUCCAGUAAACAAUAGGGAAUAUUUAUAAAUAAUAUUGGAUCAACGUUCUAAAAGUGGGGCGGUCAAGGGCAACAUUCCAUUAGUUUCCAUGGUAACUGCGUCAUUUUUAGAACGUUGCCCCAGAAUUAUUCUGCAAUAAAAAACAGUGUGCAUCAAUAAGUAUAUGAUUAUAUACUGCAAACUUAACGAUUAGUUCGAGCACUGCAUCUUGUAGGUAAAUUAAUGUUACAUUGGUAAUUAUUUAUAAUAAUAUGCACAGAGAGAUAUAAAGUAUCAGAAGUAAUACUCGCUCUGUGUAUCUGUAUUGGUUAUUAUGUUAUUGAAACAUUUAAGUUGUAACCUUUACUAGAACACAUUACUCAGGGCACUAAUUUAGCCCUUGGUUUAAUUUUACUGCCCUUUUAUCCCAGAUUAGUCGCAUUUACAGGGUUCUUUACAGUUCUUAAAAUUAAUGGAGAUUAAGUGUAAUUUAACGCGUGCCCUAUGGGGUAUUGGUGCAGGGGUGACAGGGGUGGCUAAUAUUUAAAGCCCCCCUGCAUGUGGUUCUGGGAGGCGAGGCAAAUAGUGCUUUCUGGAAAGGGAAAGCAACUUAUUAAGCUAUUUGCAGAAAAAGAGGAGAAAGUGUAAAAUUAAAGCAAUUUAACGAUAUUUAUAGAAUUUAUUAUAUUAUUUGUACUUAUUUUUUUUACUCAUUUUUUUUUAAAUUAAACAUUUCAUCAUUGCCUUCUCUAUAUAUUUAUCUAUUUAUCUAUCUAUGUAUCUAUCUAUGUAUCUAUCUAUCUCUCGCUCUCUAUCUUUCUUUCUAUCUAUCUAUUUAUCUUUAUAAAUGCUAACUUGGGGCAAUUCUGAAAAAUGUGAUCAAUAGGUCCAAUCACUUGUAUUUGAACUAUUUUCCUUAAUAAACUCAUCCCUGCUUCCAAGCUGCCCCCGUUUCUGUCUCUGUAGAACUUGGGAGAGAAUAUUUAACUAGUUUCUCACUGCCACAGGUAGGAUGGGGGCAAUAUAUGUUUUAUUGCCCCUGUACCGGCCAGACCUUUCAUUCUCCCAGCAGGGAAUGUUUAAUAGUCAGAGCAAUUAACCCCUGCUAGUCUGCUGGGGGGGAGAGCUAUAAACUACCAGAAUGGAAUGAGCCCAGGAAUAGUCUGUACCUGCCUCCUGCUGUAAGUAUUGAGUAUCUGGGCAUUGCUGAGAUUGGAGAUAAAGAGUAUAAUGUUCUGAUUACUGUCACUACUGCUAUUAUUAGGGUAUACUGAGUCCUGGUACACAGUGCAAGGUAUAUGAUGGUCUAGGGAUAUAUUUAUUUAUUUAAUUAUUUCUGCAUUGUAUGAAUAUACCAAGACACAGCUCACACAGAAAUAUAUCAACUCAGAGAUAUACGCUACACACGUGUGUACACACGAUCGAUGUAUAUGAUAAAUACAAAGUAACACUGCAUUAAAUAUAUACAAAGUGGACAAUGCAUUAAAUAUAUAGAUACUGUUUAUUUUUGUAUAUGUGUGUUUGUGUGAAAUUAUAUAUAUAGAGAGAGCACACACAUAUACACAAAUAUUGUUAUUUAAUAUUCUAUAAUUAUUCUAUAAUAUUUAUGGUACAAACAUAUUGUUAGCGUUAGUUUAACGGCAGCAUAUUCUAAAGCUCUUUACAAUUAAAUAUAUAUAAACUGGUUACUGUAGUUAAAUAAUACUUUCUUUGUAUUUUUCUAUUUCUAUAAAUGUAUGGCUUACAUUAUAUUGUAUUGGUUUUACGUGAGUAGUUAGAUUUUCCGAUAAUGAUUGCUGUCCUGGGAUUGCCAUAGAGGCUGCUGUGAUUCCACUGAAAUUCCUGUUAUAGAGGACCUAUUUCCCAGCGAUUCCAGAGAUUCACUCAGUUCCGCGGGCGCUCCGCACAGCGCGCGUUAUCCGCGCUAAAUAUCCGCGCUGAUAGUUAACGCCGGAAUAACAACUCAAUCAAUCGCAAACUAAUCUGGAUAAAAGUGAACAAUAUUCGGGACUUUAUCGCAUAAUGCAGCCUCGUAUGCAAAUAUAAGACCUUAUAUCGUAACCUUACCAUCUCGAUAUUUACUAAUAUCUAAUACUUAAACAAGACCUCUAUUGAUAAAUAAAUGCUAAACGUAUAUAUUUUUUUUUAUACUCGUUUAUGUGCUCCUUACAAUACCUAAUUCUAAUCGACCUAUUUAAUUCACUGGCAGGUGGUGUGUGUGUGUGUGUCUUUGUAUGUUUGUGAGAGUAUUGAAUUGUGUUAUAACUAAAAUUAUAAGACAUAUAUAAAAGCAUACACAUAUAUCCUAAUCUUAAUAAAACCUAAAAAAAAAAAAAAUACAAGUUUCUGCAUUUAUGUUUGAAAACUUCAAAACAGCCAUCACAAUUAACCCCUUAAGGACCAAACUUCUGGAAUAAAAGGGAAUCAUGAAAUGUCACACAUGUCAUGUGUCCUUAAGGGGUUAAAGCAUUAAACAAAAAAGAUAUAAUCUUAACUGGUACAAUAAAUAUCACAGCGCAAGUCUUUCAACCACCAUCUCAGAGGGUUAUUCAAAAACCAAAGAGGGUUAUUAAAAACCAAAUUGUAAACUGUAGGUUAAAAUAAUCACAGUGACUACAGAACAGCUGAGUUGGUACAUUUGGUUGCAGUUCUGGUGUUGUAAUCUAUUUUUUGCAGUUUGGUUUCAAAUUCACUACAAUUUUGUGCUUAGUGAAGCAAUUCUUAAAAGUAGAAAAAUGUGUGUGCAAUUCACCUUUUAUUUACAAGGAAGACUAGGUUAACAGUGUUAUUACCAAAGUGACAAUUUAAAUUGAAUUUAAAAUUAAUUUUAUAUUAAGGGUAGAAGCUCAACUAAAAGAAUGGUUGGUUCACAGAAUAUAUUUAGUUUGUCUAUUUUGACUUUAAAUUUGAAAGUCAUGUGGAAUUCACCUUCAAUUCACAAUUUGUUGAAUAACCUUUCAAGUUUUACAACAUGUAAAAUAUGCAAAUGUGUUGCCCUCCUCUUUGGAAAUAAAAUGAAUAUUGUAAAAUGCUUGACCAUAAAAGGUACACGUAGGAAUGAGAUGACUCUCAAUGUAUUCUUAUUGGUAAAAAAAAAAUUAAAAAAAUUCAAUUUAAUUCAUAGUAGGAAAGUGGAAAUGGGAUUUUUGCCUUAACUUAAAUUCCAUUCACUAAACAGAGAGGACUAUGGGAAUGUGAAAACAGCUUUUACAAUUGAGACUAAAAUAACCAAAGUUGAAAAAAAAGCUUUAAUUUGAAAUAGUUUUUUCCCCGAUUCUGCUACUUUGGCCUACAUUUUGAAAAUUGGUUCUCAAGUCACAACAUAAUUUUAUUUAGUGAACAGAUAAGUAAGGUUUAUAAAUUUGUAUUUAUCUUUUUUAUGGAUUUCCACAAUAAUAAUAUUUUUAAGUAUUAUCUAAAUGCACCCUCCUCCCUCCCUCUCCUCCCUCCACCCCCGAUAAUUUUAUUUUCUUACCAUUGUCUCAAAUGAAAAUUCUUGUAAAUUUGUUAUUUUUGAUUCAAAUAUUUACGCUGAGUAACCCUACUGUCUACAAAUCCGGGAAAGGUCACAAUGACUUUAAGAAAAGUCCCCAACUGCGCAAUAUUUCGCAGUGCGGUUUAUUUUUUCUACUCCGUUCAGUCCUAACCCCUCCUUCUUAUAUUUUGCUUCAGUAAAUAAUAGAUCCACUUUCUUCUGUUUCCGUAUAUCUGUUUCCGUAUAUCAGUCUUUCCACAAAUAUCUCAAAAUUAGGUCAUCAUUCUUUUUUUGCUAUUCGCAGCUGUACUAGAUGUAUAGAUAAUAUAGUUUUGAUUGGUGACUCUUUUACAUUACACAGAUCUGUAGGCUGGAAAGGUUUAUAAAGCUGAAGACUCUUUGGAAUUAAAUUCAGGAUACACAUAGCAAUUGUUGUCUUAGAAAUCAACAUGUUGUCACAUCCCAUUAUCCAAGGCCGUAACCAUGGCCAAUGUAUCAGCUGAGAAAAUGAAAUAUACACAAGGCAAUCAGAUUUCAACUAUGGAGCCUCUUAAACAGAAAUCUGUUUUGCGCCAUGCUCUGUAAUUCCCUCUGUGUUUUCGAUAUGUCCAUAAGAUAACCUUUUCAGUAGAAAAAAAAAUUAGGAAAAUUAAAUAAUGCAAUGGGCCUAAUACCUUGAAUCAUUCAGUUAAUAUUAUUUUUUUUAUAUAUAAAGUGUUAUGGUAUUCUGCAAAGUUAUAUGAAAAAUAAACAAAACAUAAAACAAUUGUUUUUCUAUCAAAACGUGAAUAAAUAAAAAAAUAUGAAUUCAUUAAGACCUGGGUUUUACAUGACACUUGUUUGCACUUUAGUAUAUAAAGUUUGGUCGAUCUGUAGAAUUUUGGGUGAACGUGUAAUUGUGACACUUUUAGCAGUUUUAUGUUACACAUAAAUGGAUUGGAUUAUUUUUUUUUACCCCUUCUUUUGGAAGAGCCUGCCUACCCCCAUCAGACUCUCCCCUAGUCUUGUUUAAGAAGUCCCUCAAAACACAUCUGUUCAGAAAUGCUUAUGAACUCCCUGAGUAAAGUAUCUUCACUUAUCCAAAUCUGUUUCUUGCUCUCCUAAAGAUCCAUACCCCACUCUCAUCUCCAGCUCUGCUACGUUUCCAGCUUGUUUGGUGGCUGUCACCCUUGCUGCCCUGUUGUGUAUUUGUACCCCACCUCAUCUAGACUGUAAGCUCGUUUGAGCAGAGUCCUUAUCUACCUAUUGUUCCUGUGUCACUGUAUAAUUGUCUCAUUUAUUGUAAAUUCCCCCACCCCUUUCAUAAUAUUGUAAAACUCUGCACAAUUAGUUGGCGCUAUAUUAAUACAAAUAAUAAUAAAAAUAAUAAUAAUUUUACUCCAUUGCAAUGAUUUGUAUUGAUUACAGCCUGCAAAUUAAUUGCAAUAUCUCCUUAACAUCUAUUAAUAUUAAUAAACAAUUUAGUGUUUAGUAAAUAAACCCCUAGACAUAUAUCGUACUCACGGAAGGUAUUUGACAAUGACCUACACCUGUUUCUCUACCGUGGGGGGGGAAUAUAGUUUUAUCUUAAAUACAAAAUUAACCAAACAAUGGGUUGGGGUAAGUUGAUGACUGACUUUUAAUAUUUAGGUUGCAAAACCGAACCCUAAAAUAUAUAGAAUUAGAGGUGAGUCUAACAGGGCAAUCUAGUGAAGUGAGAAUACCAAGUUAAUUCAAAGUGAAUUUCAAUUAGAAAGCCGGAUUAGCCAAAUUUAAGGCAUUGCUGACUUAGAGAAUUUUCCAGUUUCGCAAAUUUUUACCUUGAAUUUGAAAUUCAUAUGGAAUUUUCACUUAAGUAAAUAAGUCUGGAAGCCAAGACUUGAUUUAGAGAUUUUGUGGACUCCAGCAUUGUAGCCUAAAUCAUGCACGCUGGUUGUUAAUUCACAAUAAUUUCGCUGUGAUGUGACCAACUAGUACUCACAGAAUGCUUAGCCAGACUGUGGCUGGGUACGUGCUGGAUGUAGUAGAAUGAUACGUGUGAUUGUCUGUGUCGGCCAGUUCUAUAAUAAUAAAGCCGCGAUAGGUUUUACACCAAUGGAGAUAUUAAUUUGGUAGGUCUUUAAUGGCUAAAAACUUUCAUUUUUAAUCCAAUAUUUUGGAGAAAAAUAAUAGUUUUCACAUAUUUUCCUGAAAUCAACACCUCUAUAAUGUGCACGUAUUAAAAUGCAUCAAAAUCUUAUUAUAUAUACAUAAAUACAAGGACAGUACUUAAAAAAAAUAUUGUAUUUUUAUUUUUAGUUGUGUUCAAAUAAUGAUAAAUGCAGCUAAAAGAAGACGUAUUGCAAACCCAACAAAUGAAUGCAAGCAAUUGUAUUUGAUUAAUUUUUGAAAGUAGUUUUUCCUGUUUAAAUAAGCAAUAUCAAUGAAAAUUGAGGCUGACAACUAACUCUUCAGUUUGAUAACAGAAUACAUGUAUUUUGCAUUGAAGGAAAGAAGUUAAGAAAUGGUUGAGGCAGGAGUGGAGAGAAAAAUAGAUCCCUAUAUGUUGCAGUACUACAUAUCCCAUGGUGCUUUGCUUGUUUGAAGGCUGGGAAGUUAUCAUGGAAGUUGUAGUUUCACAACAUCUGCAGGUCUACUUUUUUUUGCCAUCCCUGAGUUAAGGUUAAGGCUAUCGUAGGGUUUUCAUAAAAAUAAUUUUAUAUUUUAGUUCAAGCUAUCAUCAAAAUUUUAACCACAGCGAAAUCAUGUAAAAUCUGAGAAUUAAUGAUUUUUGUUGUUUUCGUACAUUGAAAGUGCUUUUUCAACAGAAUUAGUGUAACUAUUUUGGAUGAAGCAUUUCACCUUGCGUUUGAGAGAAAACACCUUUAUUUAAUUAUAGCAAAAUUGAUCCGAUUAUUAACCGUGCACAAUUUUGAAGCUGGUUGCACUAUGCAAUAACCGGUCUCUCUAAAUCCAUACUUUCUGUUUUUUAAAAUUUAUUUUUCAUAAAUAUUUUAUGUUCCUUUCUAUAGUGCAGUGGAAUUAGUUUCCACUUUGUAAAUCAUAGAGGAAAAUAAUAAAACAUGCAAGGUAAUUUCCUUUUUUAAACAUUUGAAAAAACCAAAAAGCAUUGAGUUUGAUUUAUUAAAAUAUAGAUUGCAAAACACCAAACGUAUCAGGGGCUGCUAACAAAAAAAAAAUAAAGAAAUUGGCAACCAUUUACACUCAAAAAACAUUUUUUCUAGUACCCUAUAAAUCUUGAAUUACAAUUUAUGGGGCUCUUCAACAACUCUGAUCUAUGUCAAGACAAAAAGAUACUGGGUUUUAUUUACAAAUUUCUGUUAGGAAACAUAUGAUUUUUUUAUUUUAUGUGCGAUACUUUAUGGUUACUGAAUUUUAUUUGCAAUUUUUACGACAGACUUUGAAAAUAAAUGCGAAAUACUUUUUUUUCUGCUAGUUUUAUUUGAAAUUUUCACGAUAAGCUUUAAAAAAAAUAAAAUAAAGGUUCCGUCUUCACAAAAACUCAUCCCUGGGUCUAAACGUUGACUAUCACUUAUCUGAUUAAUUAAAUAAAGUUUCUCUGUAUGUUAGACUUAAUAAUAUCACAUUCUUCAACAUUUUCUGAGGACUUUAAAGUGUAGGUCUCUGUGUUCCGAGACACAGAUAGGAGAUACAUUUCCUUAAAUUAUAUUUAAAACCUCUGGUGUUUCACAUACGUUUCCGCUGUUGUCUUGUUCAGCAAUUCAAUACUUGAACGAAGUCAUCCAAUUACUUUGUAAAGCAAAAUUAAAAUUAAAAAAAAAUCAUAAAAAAUUCUAAAAGAAAAAAGUUAUACAAAAUUUUUUAUAAAUAACAUCAAAGCUGAAUUUAAUAAUUCUGCUGAGUAUAACUUUAAAAAAAAUCCCAUCAUUUCUAAAAUUCUAAAAACCUGUCCAUAUGAUUAAGUAGUAACAAAACUUUCUGUUUAUUAAAAAAAAAAACUAACAGAUUUCAUAUGCAUACACGUACACUAUUCCAGAAAAUUGGAUAUAGACCAGAAAACUGUUUUGCAAGUUGCAAUUUUUUUAUUUUAUUUUUUUUUGUUCUUUGGCCAUUUUAAGACUCCACCAGUGUGAGAUUGGUAUUAAGAUGAAUAUAGUAAAUAGUACAAUUCCUUCCUCACUAAUUAAUCCUGCCUAUCUGUCUGACAUUGCAUACAUAAAAAAGUAUGUGUGUGUAUGUGUCUGUGUAUGUGUAUGUGUGUGUCUGUGUAUAUAUAUAUAUAUAUAUAUAAAAAUAAAUAACUUUACACGAGAUCAGAACAUUUAUGGAUAUACAAAUUCCCUUGAUAGUUAUAAUAUUAGACAGGAACAGAUAUAUGUAUAUAUCACCGUAGAGAGUGCACAUAUAAUAUUCAUUACAUAUAAUAAUUUUUUUGUUUGACGAAUACAUACACAUUUUAAAUACUGAUCAAUUGAUGCUUUAUUACAUGCUUGUAAAUGUAAUUGUGUGCAUCAAACAGAAGGAUUUGAAGACCAUAAAGUUUAAUCUCCCAACCUUUAGCUCAAAAACCACCUGCACCAGCUGAAUGUCUAUACAUUUGGGUUUCACUGCUGGGAGAUAUAUAUUCCAUAUGAGAGCACACACGCUACAAAUAAAUGUUAGAUUAGGAAUGUGUUCUGCAUGCUCAGUUCACUUAGACCGUUUUGCAAAAAAAUAAUAUAAACGUACCCCGAUGUGUGACCCCACUCCAGCCCUGGGGCCCUGAAACAGAUUGGAGAGCACAGCAGGGUGCCGGUUUCAAAUCACAUAAAGAAGAGGGCUACAGAGCAGCCCAUGUUAUACACACAUCCCAGAGACUGAUGUGAGCUGUUUACACUGUUUGAAAAACAUUAGUUUUACUUAAGUUGGUUUUGCUGUAAAGCAUGACUUUUUUUUUUUCUUAAAUAGUUUUUUUAAUCUUAUGAGGGGGAGAGUAAGUCGGAGCAGAGAAAGGUAGUGAUUGAGAAACUGGAGUUGUAUCAAGGACUAUAUUUACCAAAUUACUGUAGCUUUUCUAGGCCAAAAUGCUAAAUUUGGACCAAUCACCAUAGAAACCAAAUAGAAAAUGUCUGUGAAUUGCAGUAAAUGGAACCUUGCUACAGAGGACAGUUCUGUAUUCAUAAACACCAACCCAUGAUCCUUCAAUAAGUUCUAUUACAUAGAUUACAGAAUGCUGAUUGUUUAUCAACCGGACAGAACAAUGUAUAGAUGGAUGGGUGCAUGGUUGGAUGGAUGGAUGGAUGGAUGGAAAAGAGAGAGAGAGAUAGACAGAGAGAAAGGACUACGCACAGGACACCUCUUCUUUAAACUGGAAGAAAUGAGAUUUAGUCUAAAGCAAAAGAAAGUGUUUUUUUUUUUUUUACAGUAAGAACAAUUAGGAUGUGGAAUUCUCUGCCUGAAGAGGUGAUUUUGUCAGAGUCUGCAUCAAUGUUUUAACAGCAACUGGAUGAAUAUUUGCAAAAACACAAGAUUUAGGGAUGUAUUUUUUAAUAUAUGGGGUAACAUAGCUUCUUGAUCCAAGGAGAUAUCUGACUGCUAUUCUUGGGUCGAGAAGGAUUUUUUUCCUAGUUUGUUGCAAAAUUGGCUUCAAACUUGGUUCUUUUUUGUCUUAUAUUGGAUCAACAACAAAAACAUGUGAGAGAGGCUGAACUUGAUGGACACAUGUCUCUUUUCAGCUACGUAUAAAAAACACAAGUAAAAACGAAAUCUCCAUGGAACCAAUGGAAUGUUAAUACUCAGCCUUUAGAAAUGUGCCUGAGAAUUGUUAUUUAUCUGUAAGAUACAUUGGGUUUAUGUAUUCGUUCAGAGACCGUUAAGACAAUAUGUAAUAAAACUACAUUUUUAGAAAAACAUAUAUCGGACAUUAAGGCCUCAAUGUUCAAGCUUUGCUCACUUUUUACAAAGAAAGAGCCAGACUCUUAAAUUGCAGAAAGUGGUGAUUUAUGAGAAUCGGUUAUUGGAGAGAUCGUCCUGUACAUUGUGUUGUAGACUAACAGGGUUAUUUACUAAGGGGAGAAUUGUCGGGAAUGCAAAGGGAAUUUAAAGGGAAUUUCAAAUGUCUGAACAGGAAAAGAAAUUGGUGUCAGCUACACCUCCAAUUCGGUUAUUUCGAUCUAAAAAUUUUAAAUUCACUUUGAAUUCUCUUCAAAGAGUUCCUGAAAAUUCUUGUUUUACCAAAAAAACUCUGAUGAUGUUUGAAAUGUAUUGCUACUCUUUCACCAGUCUCAGAAGCCAGGGUUAUUUACAAAAGUGUGAAUUUUGUGGAUUUUUGAGGAUUGGAAUGGAAUCAAAAGUGAUGUGCAAAAACUAUUUAAAGCAAUUUUUCUGAAUAGAAUUCCCAGUAAUUGUUGGAUGAAUCAGUUCAGAAUCACUUUACCUGUAGUUUUACCUGUCAACAUUUAACAGUCAACAGGUGAGAUAGAUUCAGAAUAAUUUAUUCCGGUAUUAUUUAAAAGGUAUUUCAUUCCGACAAAUCGCUUGAAACUAAUAAAGUGAAUUUCAAAUUUGAAUCCCUGAACACAUUCCAAGUUAGCGAUGUUUACAAUUCAGCUAUUUUAGUCUAGAAUUUGAAUUCACUUUUAAUUUAUUUUCCAUUAUUAUCAAACAGGGAUUAAUGAUAGCCUGACUACCUACUUUCUUUAUUCUAGGUCUUCUAAUUUAACCUAAAUUUUGCAAAUUGUCGAUCAAACUAUUACAAAAUCUCUGUUUCGGAGACAGACCAAUAAGUGGUAUAAAAUUUUAAAGAUUUCUCCCUGAUGGAGGUACUUUAGAGCAGUGCUCAUCAACAGGUUUUGAAAAGGCCCAAAUUACAAGCAUGAAGUUAAUGUAGUGACCCAUCCUUUAAUUGUAUAUUUAGCUGUAUGGCCCAUUCUUCAUUUCUAUAAUUAAUUCAGUGAGCCAGCCUUUAAUAGAAAGAGUAUAUAUAUAUCAACAUUUCUGUAAAUGACCUUCAUUAGACUCUUCACUGUAUCAAAAAACUGCAUAUCUUCAAAGUGUCCUUUUUUAAGAGGGAUUGUCCCUUUUUUUGCCCCAAAUCCCUCUGUCGCUCUUUUCUAUCCUAAAGUCCCUCUUUUCUAAAUUAAUAACAUAGCCACACAGCAAUAAUACUCCCAGUAAUAGGCCUUUAAAUUACAAUAAAUGUCUUUAUAAAUCAUUCUGUGUAAAUAAGAUACAUUGUUCUUGUUCUAAAUUACAUUUUAAUUGUAUAAAUUGCUAUUUGUAAGUCACUUAAAAUUUCUAAGAACGUCCACCCCCGGUCCCACUCCCGGUCCUACCCCCACUCACAUCCCAACAAUUUAAGAUUUUCACUUUGCCCAUUUUAAAUGUUAAGCGAUAUGUUGUUGCUACAGUAGUCAAGUUAUUGUACGCAGUUACCUGCUAUCUGAUGAAUUUGGUGAGUCUGUUCAAAACCAAUACGUUAAACUAGCAUUAGGACUCAAAUUUGCUUGCUGCCAAAAACACAGUUUUAGAAAACACAGUUUUAGACUACAUGGGAUUUAUAUGUGGUGAUAGGAGAACCAAGUUAAAAAUAAUAUUAUGAUAAAGUUGGAGAAUAAAUAUAUAUAAAUGUCUAAUUAUGCAAUACAUUUAACAUAUUCCAGGUAACAUGAGUUUGCCGUGUGAAAGUUUGCUAUAAAAAUAUAUAGUAAUUUAAGAAAGUAUCGCCCCAUUAUGUAAUGUGCAGUGCUCAGAAGAGAUUUACACCCAUUAUUAAUUUGUCAGUGCAUAAUGUGUUGCGAGUUUAAAGGAAGUUUUUAGGCUCAAAGUUCCCUUAAGAUUAUCCAAUUUUAGCAAGAGGUGACACAGACAAGUACAGAAAGUAUAUAUCCCGUUAACACGACUGCUCGCAACCUUUCCUUUGCUGCCCCUUCUGGUUUGGCGCUCGGCCUGAUGAAAUUUUGGUUACCCACAAUGUGUUUUUAUUAGGAGGUGAUCUGGUUGAGAUAUGAAGUUUCUGUAACAGCCAAGUCUUUGUACCCCUCAUAUAGCCUUUACUUCUCUCCUUUGCAUGCCGAGUUAUAGUUAACUUGUAGGCCUCAGCUGCAAUUUACAGUACAAAUCCCAUCACACUCAGCACUAAACUAAAGCUAUUUUAGGUUUUGAAGACCUGCAAGGGUCCAUCUACUCUUAGACAAGUACUCUCCACCAAACCUGUCUUUGAUGCUAAAUACUAGACUUGUGCAAUAAUGUUUUUGAGCCAGUUCACCCAAAUCAAAUUCCUGUUAAUCGACACCUGAACUAAUUGAUACGUCCAGGAUUUACCUGUCGAAUAUUAUUCAAAAAAUAAUAUUUGCAAGUCUGGUACAUGCUGUCCUUAAUCUCUCCUGAAAUGCUUCUACUUUAUUUGCAGCCAUUCACGCUAUUCCAAUUUUUUUGCCUAAACCUUCAAUGCAACAAUUUCAGUCAAAGGACAAGAUGGACAGAUGUUCCCUCUGAGUGUACUUGUACCAUCUGCUGAUACUUCUUUUGUUUCGAAUGCCAUUAGUUAUGUGUUUUUUUCAGGACUGAUAUGCUAGGAGGGACCAGCAAAGCAGGGAAUGUGGGAACUGCACCUUAUCUGCCCUUGUCGUUAUUAUAUGAUGUAGGAGUAUGGCCUGUUCAUCAUGAGAUGGGCCUCAUGUUAAACUCACGUGCAUCAUACAAUACUUCUGGAUUAGUAUUAUCUCUACAUAAUGAAAAAUUAUAUAUUUUAUAUGUAUCUAUGAGUAGUAAUUUACAGUAAAAAUGUCCUGCAUAUGUGUGCUAGCUAUAUGCUAUAAAGACACAAUUACAAAUAACUUACAAAUAGUUUUGUUAAAAGGAUACUAUAGUGCCAGGAAUACAAAGCUGUAUUUCUGGCACUAUUACUCCCCCUGCCUCCCUCCUCCCUUGUGCCCUUUAUUUACUCACCUUAUGCCAGUGCUGAUGUUCCUCACCACUGGGUCAACGUUUCCCUACUCCAACAUCCCGCAACGAUCGGGCGUUAAUGCGCAUGCGCAGCAAAUGCCGUGCAUCAAUGCUUUCCUAUGGGGAAAAUCUGACACUGGAUGUCCUCAUUACGACACCGAAAAUCUGACACCGAAGGUCCAUUACGACUCAGGAAGCAUCUAAAGUGGCUGUCUGGAGGCAGACUUGGAGCUGCAAUGUAAACAACAUUGGGAUAUUGCACCCAGACACUGCUCUAAAGGGACAUUGCACCCAGACCACUUCAAUGAGCUGAAGUUGUCUGGGUGCCUAUAGUGUCCCUUUCACUUUUCUGCUAUUUCUAAAACAAAGAGUGCUUGGAAUCCAAGGAUUAGUGAAGAAAACUUUGAAAUGACACUUUUUUUUAAACCAGGGAUCUCAAACUCUGGCAUCCAAGAUGUUGAUUUCCUACAACUUCCUGAAUUACCUGAAUGCAGGAUCGUUGCUAGAUGUAAAAAAGACCAGAAGCAUCAGGCCAAAAUAUUUAGUUGAUAACGCCUCUUACGCUCUACCUUAAAACCACCCAGCAACCUACCCAAGCUCCAACCAAUGCCCAUCCCAAGCUCCAACAGAAUUGCACAUUUUAAACCAGGUUACCCAAAGAGAAAACAUUUUCAAGGUCAGCUAUGUUUUUCAUUCAGCGACUUAAUUCGAAUUAGAAAUUCACUUUGAAUCAGUAAUUUGUUCAUUACAAUUCGUUUUAUGGUGAAUGACCCUGAACAGGUCAUGUAGCAACAACUCAACACACAAAGCAUGCAGACACACCUUUUAUAGGGCAGCGCGCUAUCUAAUUGACUUGUGGAUAAUGGUGGGUACCAGACGUAGAGGUUCCAUCAUUUCAGUGCAGCAAACAUACUAUAUAAUUUUAUCAGAGUCCAUACGGAUGUUCAAACAGCUACUAGAUGCAUACUUGCAAAAACAGAAUAUUCAAGGAUAUAAUAUUUCAAUGUAGGGUAAUAACUGCUUGAUCCAAGGAUAAAUCUGACUGCCAUUCUGGGGUCAAGAAGGAUUUUUUUCCUAGCUUGUUGCAAAAUUGUGCUUCAAACUGGGUUUUUUUGCCUUCUUUUGGAUCAACAGCAAAAAACCAAAUGUGAGGAAGGCUGAACUUGAUGGACACAAGUCUCUUUUCGGCUAUGUAACUGUGUAAUAUAUUUUACACCAAAUUUAAAUUUACCGAAAAUGGAAUCAUAAAUGUAUCUGUUCAGGUAGUGUUUAUUGGUUGGAUACGCAAUGUUAACGAAAGAGGUCAAGAGAAAAUUGACCUUUUUUUUCAAGCAGACAAAGUGUGAAAAACAUUCAGAUUACCGGGUUAUGCAGAAUAGAAUCUUUAAAUGCACAAAAUUAUAAAGAUAUGAAUGGGCAGGUGAGGCUACGUAAGGUGCAUAAUCACUAGAACAGGACAACAGAAAAAAGGAAACAUGUCUUAUGCCAUGACAGAUCUUGAUUUCUGUUAACAAGUACAGAUUAUUAUUAUUAUUAAUAUUAUUAUUAUUGCCAUUUAUAUAGCACCAACAGAUUCCAUAGCGCUUUACAAUAUUAUGAGAGGGGGGAUGUAACUAUAAAUAGGACAAUUACAAGAAAACUUACAGGAACAAUAGGUUGAAGAGGACCCUGCUCAAACAAGCUUACAGUCUAUAGGAUGCUACAUUCAUGUAAAUCACAUCAACCCAUGAAGCAUCCUGCCUUGUAUAAACAGUGCAGGCAACCUUGAGAUUAACAUUGCUGGUACCAACCUGUGCUAUAUUUCUGCUAGAGUGACUUACCUACUAAAACGACCACCUAAUACACAUAUGUCUGUGUUCUCUAUGUCUGAGUAGCAAUAUUGGUUCAGCAAUGCAAAUCCAACAUAAUGUUUUGUAGUAUUAUGUAAUUGGGCUAACAGAAUUUCGGAUGGCAACCUUCUUAGAAGAUUUUCUUUAUCAUAUAUAAAGCUUUUAGACUUUGUAAAAGGAGCAACUCAUCAAAGUUUGAUGUUUCCCAGGACAUACUUGAAAACGAGAGAAAUCUCAAUGUCUCUUUCCUGGUAAAAUAUUUUAUAAAUAAAUAAAUAAAAAUAAUAAUAAUUCUGUACAUUUGGUAACAAGUAAUUAUAAGCUACAGAAAAAAACAUAAUUCUGUAUUUUUUUAUUACAGCUCUUUCAAAAUACAUUUUUUGUGCAAAUACAUUAACAGAAAUCGAAUUGACUGAACUCUUUGCCUUUUCUGGCCGGGUGACGUGAAAAUGUAUUUUAGAUGUUCCACCAUGGAAAAAAAAAGUUUGGGAAACACUAUUUCUAAAAGAUCAAGUACAAAGAAGGGAAAGGUGACACUUUGAUUAACUGGAGUGACAAACAUUGCAAGUUUUCGUGACCUUUAAGGUUAAUUCCCUUAGGAAAGGGCUCAAAUGACACCAAACGAGCACUCAUUAUCUAGAGCACGUUUAUUUCACAAUCCUUUCACUUUUAACCAAACCCUACACAACAGUAUCCCUGUAUCUCAUCAUUUAGUGGAUAAACAUAUAGAAAGGGUAAGCUUAUAGGAGUUGACCCCUUUAUAUUGUUUGAAAUAUUUUUUUCAAUUAAGUAAUUUGAUCUAAGUGCGAAUUUUGAUGUUUCUAAAAUUUCUCAUUUCCAGUGUGUUAAAUUUGUGAUAAAGAUUUAACAUUUCUAGACUAUAAGAUCUUUUGAGCAGGGUCCUCAUCAACCUAUUGUUUCUGUAACGUUCCCUCUUUAUAAUAUUGUAAAGCGCUGCAGAAUAUGUUGGCGCUAUAUAAAUGGCAAUAAUAUUCCAUAUAUUUCUGCUUUACACAGAUGAACGGUUUAAUAUAAAUGGAAUGCAUGCAAAUCUAUCUAUCUGUCACUGUCUGUAUCUAUCUAUCCAUCCAUCCAUGCCUCCCUAUCUGCAUCCCUCCGUCUCUGUCUGUAUCUAUCUAUCUCUAUUAUUCUACGUUCUAUUCUAUGUACCUGGUCCCAUAUUAUAACCAGAUUAUAUGACCAUACAGAUAUGUUAUGAGUAAUUUUUUUUCUAUUAUCAGGAAGUAUUAAUUAACAGAGAGCGUAGUGGAUCAUGGAAUAGCCUUCCAGCUGAAGUGGUGGAGGUUAACACAGUAAAGGAGUUUAAGCAUGCGUGGGAUAGGCAUAAGGCUAUCCUAACUAUAAGAUAAGGCUAGGGACUAAUGAAAGUAUUUAGAAAAUCGGGCAGACUAGAUGGGCCAAAUGGUUCUUAUCUGCCGUCACAUUCUAUGUUUCUAUGUUUCUAAUAAUGUCUCAUACAAAAUGGCCGCCUUUAAAUCUAUCGCUCAUCCAACAUGUUUAAUAGAUAUCAACAGACACCAUGGGUUAAAAAGCAUGCAUGGGGAAGGGGGGAUUUCUUACCAGAUCAAAAUAUCUAUUUUUUUCUACUAUUUUUAUUUUGUGCAUUGGCCUUGUCAUACUUUUUAACAAUCCUGUGAAAUAUCUAAAUAAAUAACUUUGAUUUUGAGCUACUGUUACUCUUUAUUUAUACAGUUUAUCCAGACAGGCCUUUACAAUUAUUAUUUUAUACCGAUUUGGCAGUUUUUGUGAUACAUGCAUCUAAAAUUCAGGCAUUGAUUACUUGUGUUCUUAAGAACUGUUUCAUUUCCGCCAUAUUACUUUGAAAGCUCACACAUCAAAGUGAUCAUGGUCAGACUUUAUAACUGAAUCAUACAACUGGCAAUCACCCGAAUAUGACUAACCUCUACGGCUACAUUUAUCAUCGUAAUUUGCUCAUUUCAGAAUUCACCUCUCUGUUAAUGCUGUUUCUGUUACUUUGUCCAGACUCUGUAGGUGGAUAACAAAUAUUAGUCUUCCCUAGAAAUUUCAUCCACAAUGUUUUAUAUUUUUAUUAGAAAAAAAAGUAACAAUGAUAAUAUGCCCAUUUUGAGAACGCUGAGUUAAAAGUAUAAGUUUAAAGGGACCUUGAGACUUACAAUAUGUACACUGCUAAUCUACCAUUAAAACUGUGCUGCUGAAACAGCUUUUGUAUUUUAAUACAUUUGGUUAUGAUGAAAUAUAAUGUGCCUGUUCAUCCCAAAUGAGACCCACUACACAGCCUUAGGGGAUUAAUUCUGGGUCUUAAUCAUGGGGUUAAGUUCCACCUGCAUUUACAAUGUAACCUUCCCACACACUUUGGUCCAGUUAUAUUUCUGUAGCAAUGUUCCAAAUAGCUUUAUAAAAUAUACAUUUUUGAUGUUUACCUGUUCACAUAUGUUGUUUUUAACAAUAAUUCUGCAUCAACACUUUUCUCACCUUGUGAUUACACUGAUAUGGUACAUUUUCACUCUGAGGCAGUCAUCAAUCUCCAUUUUAUCCAGUUGAAGAACAUUUAAAAAAAAAAUGAUUUGUUAAAGGGACACUAUAGUCACCAGAACAACUACAGCUUAUUGUAUUUGUUCUGUAAACACUGUAUUUUCAGAGAAACUACACCCUUUGUAAAAUACACCCUUUGUAAAAUACACCCCUACACCCUUACUUUUGCUGUAUAGAAUGAACAAAUAACCUAUACAAUUGUGGAAAUGUACAUCAUUAAAUUUUAGACAUUUAUGCGAAAUAAAGUUAGUAUCUGUUUAAAUGAAAAUAACUUGGUGGAGAAGGGGUUAUUUAAGGGCACUCCACGCUGAUGGUGUCCCUUAUUUAAAUCAUUAUGUAGAUAAAGUAUUUAAAACAUUAUUUACAAAAAAAAAAAGAUAAAAAUAGAAUUUGGUGUUUCUGAUGUAAAUACACUGACAGGAAAAGGCAAAGCUCGGGGGGGCGGGGGGCUUGACUAAGGGGUCCGACUAUGCUGCAGAAUUCUGCAAAGCUUUUUUUUUGGUCUCUAGUAAAAGGAAAGAGAUUUAAAUGUAAUAAAACCAUAUAGUAUGAAUAUGCUAUAUUCAUACUAUCAAACACAUAAAUUGCAUUGGUGCUUGGGGUGUGCCUAGAGUGUCCCUUAAAUUGUUCUGUUAGAUUAUGGAAAUUAUUGGAGUUUAGGAACUAAACAAUAUAUCAAAAAAUAUUAAGGAGAAAAUAACAAAUCAAAAAAUGCACUUUAAGUCAAGAAUAUCUCCAUAAUUUUGCAAACAUGGUCUCUAUCUCACCACAAUUUCACUCUGUUUUGUGAAUAUUUACAAGGGUUGCUAUGAUAAAAUGGAGUAUUGGAACAGAAAAGCCGAGUGAGAGAUUAUUCAAUGAAGUUAAACGUUGACUUUCACCUACACAUACCAACUCGGCUGUUAGUUUGGUCUAAAUUAGUCCAUGGACCACAAUGUGCAGUUCAAUACAUUUACUCAAAGCUUCAAAAGAAUUCUAGAGCGAGAAAGUGUGAAUUCAAGGAGAAUUUCAAAUGCAAGGCCAAAAUAGUCAAAGUGAACAUAAAAUUCACUUGCAGAAUGUUUCUAAAUCGUCUAUUUUGGCCUAAGCUUGAAAAUGCAAUUCUAACUUUAGCGAAUAAUUUGUAUUCAGCCUGGGGAUCAGACAGCAGAGACCCGGAACAAAAACACCAGUAAUGUUGUCAGGAUGAGUUAUGUGAGCUUACUGUAUGUCUCUUGGGCAUAGUAAAUAAUUCCUUUUCUUGCACUCGGCCAUUCUCUGCUUUGCAUGCAGCCCAGGUCUCUUAAAUCAACAACUUAAAUAAAUAAAACAAUACUUUUUUUAAUUAGAUUUGUUCCUGUAUUCUUGUUAGAUUUAUGGACUCUCCUUUUUUUUGUUAUAAACCAACAAUUAAAUCACUGGGACACCUUCCUCUUCUUAGCCCAUUCCUCCUCAGAUGAAGUUAUCAAUCCUGAUGACUUUGGUUAUCGUAGAGAAGGAUUAGAGGCACAUGGGUGACAAUGACGGCACACUGACAAUCUAAUGCUUCUCACAGAGAACCAGUAAACCCAGUGCUUCUCUAUAAGAUUAGAAGAACAGGUGUGUGUGAUUAUGCCAAAUGUGAAGGUCUUCAAAAAUCAAAGGUCUUAAAGAGACUGCCUGACAACAUGUAUUAAAUUGAUACCAAGGAUAAAUGUAACCAUUGUGGGUAACCAUUUGCAUGUUUUACCCAGAAUCCCUAGCUGUAGUAUAAUCACUGUGCUGAGGAAAUCUGUUAAAAAAAAACCAGUAUGCUAAUUUGUCUUGAUAUAAAAUUCAUCCCAGCAAUGCCCAUACUUACCUUAGUCUACCUACAUUUGAGGGUUUUUUGUUACGUUGUAAUUUACCAUAACUGGAACUGUAUGUUACAUUGUUUAUAUCCUCUUGCAGCCAUUAUAUACAGAACUACACACUGUAUCUAUAUAAAUAUCUCUUAACAUUCCCAGGUCUUUCCAGACAGUGCCCACUUGGGACUGGUGUCCUGACAGCCUGGGUUUUUUCUCUGUUGUUCUACUUUUUGGAACACCAGGAAACUUCACCACACAGAAGAGCAUCGAAUUUCAGCCUUAAAGCUGUACAAGGCCAUUAUUUGGUAUUUGCGUCAAUGCAAUAAGUAUUCUGCAGUGCCCAACUCAUGUUGGUUUGUAAACCAGUCUGAUCCCCAUGCCAGCAGUGACAUAUAAAAACUGUAUCUGACAUGCACCCUCUAUAAGCCACUCCCCUGACUAUACAUAUAAUGAAGGCUCUUCAUGUCGUGAUGUCCCUGUAAGACACUAAGAGCUUUCAUCACUAUCAAGAAUUGAUGAGCAAGUGGAAAACAUCUCUAGAAGUCCAGGUCAAUAACACAAGUGAAUAAAUGUGGCAUAUACCAAGGUGAUGCACUAUCCCCAAUGCUGUUAUGCAUAGGCCUCAACCCCCUUAGCCAGAUAAUAAUGAAGAGUGGAUACAGAUAUGGGUUAAAGAGUGGAGCUAUCAUCAGCCACCAACUCUACAUGGACAAUAUUAAUGUAUGCCUGGAGUGAGUGGGCAUUGACUCACUGAUCCACCUAGCUAGGAUAUGUACAGGAAGGACAUAGGAAUGUCGUUUGGACUAGAUAAGUGUGGGCAGAUGAUAAGAAAAAGAGGGAAGAUGAUCAGGACAGAAGGCAUUCAGGUACCAGAAGGUCAAGUAGGAGAUUUAGAGAACAGCUACAAGUACCUGGGGGUACCACAAACACAUGGCAACUAUUAGGUAGAGACAAGGAGUAUAGCAACAUCCAAAUACCUCCAAAGAGUCAGACAGGUCUUGAAGUCCCAACUCAAUAGCAAUUAAAAGAUUCAAGUCAUCAACACAUAAAGCCUACCUGUCAUCAGAUGCCCAGCUGGAAUAAUACCAUGGCCAAGACAAGAGCACCAUGGAUGUCAAGACCAGGAAACUACUCACAAUGAAUAGAGGAUUCUACCCAAAAUCCAGCUCUCAAAAACUGUACACCAGCAGGAAGGAAGGUGGUCAGCGUCUGAUGAGUGUCAAGGCCACAGUCCUGGAUGAAAUACAGACAAUCAAUCAGUACAUCACGAAGAUGGCUCCCAAAGAUAACUGCCAAGGGAAUGACUGAGACAACAACAGAUAAGGGAUGCAGUAAAGGAGGAGAUUCCAUGGCAAGAGAAACCUCUGUACCACCAGCAGAUAGUGGAUGUGGCUGGUGGUAUACCAUAUGGAGAGGUUGCACAAGGUAGGAAUGAAAGAUAGCACUGAGGCACUAAUCCAAGCAGCAUAGGAACAGGCACUCAGCACCAAAUCAAUAGAAGCAGAGGUCUACCACACCAAGCAAGACCAAAGGUGCAGACUUUGCAAAGAGUCAAUCCAGCUCUUAGUAGACGGGUGCAAGUUGUUAGCAGGAACAGCAUACACAUAGAGGCAUAACCAAGUUAUUGGGAUUGAGUACCAAAUAUCUGGCAACCCACAGUGACUAUAACAUCAGGAAAAAUGAACAUGAGAAGGUGGACAAAUACCAAGGACUGAAAGAAGAGCUAGAAAGAAUGUUGAAAGUGAAGGCAAUAGUAUUCCCAGUUGUGGUAGGAGCACUUUGGGACUGUGAUCCCAAAUUGGGGGAGUUACUUUGGCAGAAACCAGGUGGGACCAGGUCCAGAAGAGUGCAGUUCUAGGAACAGUUAAGUUACUGCACAGAACCAUCAGACUGCCAGGCUUCUGGUACAGAACACGAGAAUGAGGAUUACACACAAAAAAAAAAAAAUUAAUAUAAUAUAAUUAUAUUUUCUGGCAGUGAAAGGUACAAUAAUCUCUAACAUCUCAUGUUAGAGCGGACAUGACAUCGACCUGAGGCAGUCACAGAAAAGCUAUCGGUUGGCUUUCCUUGUGUUACAGUACGGGGUAAAAUAGCACAGUUCAGCACCAUGUGAGUUAACAAUAAACAGAGAAUCCGAGGUUUGUUUAGCAAGCUGCCAAACAGAUCACUAUAGAUCUCACCAACCAGGCGUCAAGGGGUUAACACUUCUGCUUCGCAGACUAAACACAGUUACAUCAGCAGUUUAUUAAGGACACACCAUUAUAAACACAAACACUUGUUUGAUGUUAAGAUGCAGGAAAUUAACUCUCUAGAGCAGGAAUGUGAGAGCGAUGGGGGGGGGCAGAAGCCACACAUUAAGUAUAUUUCCCAAGGUGCAUUGUAACUCUUUCAAGGAUAUUUACUAAACAAGGAUAAAAAGAGAGGCACAUUUUAGGAGAGAAUAGCUGAGCUGGAGAAAUAGCUGGGCUGGCAAAUUUGUCAAAUUUAGUUAUUUUGACCAUAAAUUUGCAAUUCUUUUAUAAAUUCUCCACAAUGCGUAGUUUAUUGAAUAAGCCCGUUAUGUAUAUGAGCCAAAUUACUAUUAUUAUUAUUUAUAUAGCGCCAACAAAUUCUGCAGAGCAGUACAAUGUUCUAUAUCCAAUGAUGCAGUAACAGGAGUGGCAGAGGGUGGCAUUAAUUACUGGGCACUGAGUCCAAGGACCCAGGUAAGGCUAGAUGAGAGAUAGUGGGCACAGUGACACAGCGAGGGCUUAGUGCAGGAUCUUCCAUGGCAUCACACGCAGAAAUGAUGGAACAUGCACAUUGAAAUGUUUUAGUAGGAUGCUGGAUGAUGGAACCCACAACAUUCUGUCUUUGCUCUGCUUUGACCUGUUACAUAGUAACUAGGGAAGAUGGAAUGUGAGUCUCUUUGCUCCUAUAGUCAGUGCCCAUGCUAGCCAAGGCCAGGUAAUGCACCCUCUGCUCAAAUGUUUUUUUUUAAAUGCCAAUAUCGAUUCUUAAAAACAGAUUUGUAUUAAAAAUUAUUUUUAAAAAAAGUAAAAAACUUUAAACGAUAAAAUUUCAUGAUUUAAGAUCACUUCCUCCCUGCGCUGCCACAAGGAAAAAAAGAAGCAGCGCUUGGGAAAAAGUGCAUUGGGGUUCCUUGUUACAGUGUAUUUUUUAUAAUGCAUGGUUUUAUUAUUUCCACACCGUGUAGUAAUAACAUACUCACUGACACACGCACAUACACAUUCUCUUACACACACUCACAAAUACAUUUUAUUUGUAGUCUUAAAAAAAAAAAAAAAACAUUUAAGCCCACCCAGCAUCACUACCUUUAGGUCUUGUGUGGGGCUGCUUGAAUCUUCUUGUUCUUCUUCAUUACUCCCUCGCAUACCAUUAAGUGAUACUGGGGCAGGAGUGAUGUCAUAUUCCAGUUCCCAGCAUCACUAGAGAAGGUAACCAAGGGAGCCGUGAGGAAGAGGAGAACAUCAGCCCUCCCUCGCUGCACAUGCCCAGCCCUGCCCCAGACACACUGUAUUUUGGAAGAGUAGGCAUCUGUCGUUCAGGUAUGCAGGUGCCCGCUCUGCCUGGGGAGCCUUAAGGUGGUCAGCCCAGCGGCUAAUAGACCCCACUGACAGGCUGAACACAGAGGGAGCACUCGCGACCUCAGCGACUCCUGUAUUUCUGCCACUGGGUGUGCCCUUGGCAGCAGUGCACCCUAGGUGGCUACCUAGUUUGCCUAGCGGUAGAGCCAUCCCUGCCUAUAGCCCCACAUUGGACACCAAGUCCAUGGCUAUUUUAUAGUGGGGUGUUCCUGGCUGCAUUGGCCAAAACACUGUAUGGCUAGGUCAAACACAAUUAUCAUUAUUAAUAAAUCUCCUACAGUAGCUUGAUUUAAUCAUGACAUCAAUAUCAAGGGAACUGAUCAGUAUGUGGCUAUUGGUGGGAGUUAUAAUGUUGGGUGCUCAGUGCUGUAAUUCAGUCAGGCAGCUGUUUACUGAUUAUCAUACCUCCUAACUGUCUCAGAUUGAUUAGGGCAGUCCUGAUUUUUUACCCCAUUCCUGCUGUACUGGGAUUUUUCUCCAGAGCUCUAUAAUUACAGCUCAAGAAAUACGCACAUCACAAAACAAAUGCAAGUCGUUUCUGUCCAAGUAAAAAUGUUUCCAGUGCUUUGCAAAUCGGGGGCCCACACCCCAAUCCAGUUUCGUAACUCCCAAUGUCAGAGGUUUGGAUUACACAAAGAUUGAACAUAAAGCAUGUGGAUAACGAUAAUCUAGAGCAAUGGUUCCCAACCCAGUCCUCAAGUACCUCCUACUGGUCCAGGAUUCAGAGAUUACACAGUUUUGUCGAACGUGUUUUUUUUUUUUCUAAAAUCACCUUUGACACAACUGGGCAAUACCUAGAUCCUGGACUGUUAGGGGGUAUCUAGGUACCCCUGAUAUAGAGAAAGCUGGUGUUCUUUGGUGUUCUCCAGAACAAACCCUUAAAUUCCAUGACUGAGCUGUCCUCUUCUUCAUGAGGACUUGGAAGGGUGGAGGGUUAGAGCCCCCAUACGGUCUUCAUGACCUUCCUUCAAGCAGCACUGUCAUAUUUAGAUUAUAAUCUUGAUGAGAAACUCAUGUAGACUGUUUUGGAAUUUCAUUGAUAUUCCAAAAAAACUCAUAGACAUCACAAGAUGCAGCAGGUUCUGUUUUGUCUCGUGGACAAGCUGAAAGAAUCUUGAUGUAGUUCUUUUUGACUGUGUUGGAAUUUCUUUGAAAAGAUAAACACGAGCUGUCACUGGCUCGAUGCGCACAGAUGGUCUGGUUCUUGAAGAUGGACGAAGAUGUUGUCUAUGGCAACUUAUUACGCAUGCACAAAAUUAUCUACGGAAGAACCUGCUGUCUCACAGGAAUCUCCAAAUAUGUACUCUUGUGUGUGUGACAGUUCAACGAUGGCUCCUGGCAAAUGAAAAAUGAUGCUGGUGAGAAGAUGGCAGUGCCAAAGAGAAACAAUUGUAAUAAUUGCAGUUUUCAAUUAACUGCAAUAAUUACCUUUGAGGGUUAACUCCACCUCUAGUGGCUGUCUACCAGUUGUUGUUUUGGGUUGUUAGGCGAUUUGUGGUCUCCUAACUGACGCUGGAUGUCCUCACUCUAUGUAUGAGGACAUCCAGCGUCAUGUAAAACCCCAUAGGAAAGCAUUAUACAAUACAUUUUAUUUGUAGUCUUUAAAAAAAAAUAAAACACAUUUAAGCCCACCCAGCAUCACUACCUUUAGGUCUUGUGUGGGGCUGCUUGAAUCUUCUUGUUCUUCCUCACUACUCCCUCGCAUACCGUUAAGUGAUACUGGGGCAGGAGUGAUGUCAUAUUCCAGCUCCCAGCAUCACUAGAGAAGGUAUCCGAGGGAGCCGUGAGGAAGAGGAGAACAUCAGCCCUCCCUAGCUGCACAUGCUCAGCCCUGCCCCAGACACACUGUAUUUUGGAAGAGUAGGCAUCUGUCGUUCAGGUAAGCAGGUGCCCGCUCUGCCUGGGGAGCCUUAAGGUGGCCAGCGCAGCGGCUCAUAGACCCCACUGACAGGCUGAACACAGAGGGAGCACUUGCGACCUCAGCGACUCCUGUAUUUCUGCCACUGGGGAAGUACUAAUGCAAGUGCGGCCAUUGGCUGGGAAGGAACAGAGGUGGACCCUGAAUCAGUGCCAAGGGUCAUCGGCACUGGAAUCAGGUAAGUGACCGAAGGGGUUUUUAACCUCUUCUGCCACAUGGAGGGGGGACAGGGUCUGCGACUUUUGGGGCACUAUAGGGAGCUUUGUUUUCCUGGCACUAUAGUUUCCGUUAAGGUAAGUAUACCUCUCUAACUACUACUUCCUUGGCCUCCUCCAUGCAAGCAUGCAUAGCACUACAUUGGGUAAUUGCAAAAAAUGCACUGACACCAGAAAUGACUGUGCCACUGAAUUAUAAUAAUGAGUUUGUUUAAGUAAUUAUCAUGUGACUGUUAGAUUGCUAGGUUUGGCUAAUAAAAAGCAUGUUUAGAUACUCAGUGGGAAUAUGCCCUACAUGUGCCCACCUCCGUUUUAUCCAAUAAUGGAUUAGUUAUAUGAUGAUCAUUUAUUGAUCACCAACAAACUCUGAAGCGCAAUAUACACAAACAAGAUUAUUCGUUAAACUUUCAAAUGUCUGGAAUCCAAAAGGAAUUUAAAACUCUCCAAAUCGGUUUCCACUUUGGCUAUUUUCCCUAAAAUACAAACUGAACUUUGAAAUCCAGACAAUUCACACUUUAGUGAAUAACUUUGUGAGCAGAGGUUUGCCUAGGUUAGUGCGUCCAGUAUGGGAAUGUAUUUUGACACCCUCUACCUCCUCCAAGAACUGUAGAAUUUUUUUUCUCAUUAUGCAUCCACCAGUCCCUUUUUGUUAGUUAGUUUGCAUUCCUAUUCAUGUGCGCAUUCAUACUCACACAUACAUUCAUAUACAUCGACAUUCAUACUCACGCAUACAUUCAUAUACAUCGACAUUCAUACACAUCGACAUUCAUACUCACAUACAUUCAUACACAUCGACAUUCAUACUCACAUACAUUCAUAUACAUAGAUGUUCAUACUCACAUACAUUCAUAUACAUAGACGUUCAUACUCACACAUACAUUCAUAUACAUCGAAAUUCAUACUCACACAUACAUUCAUAUACAUAGACAUUUAUUCACACAUACAUUCAUAUACAUAGACAUUCAUACUCACACAUACAUUCAUAUACAUAGACGUUCAUACUCACACAUACAUUCAUAUACAUCGACAUUCAUACUCACACAUACAUUCAUAUACAUAGACGUUCAUACUCACACAUAUUUUCAUAUACAUCGACAAUUAUAGUCAUACAUUCAUACACAUAUGGACACAUAUACACAGACACAUAUUGAUACAUGCACUCACAGACUCAUAAACAUGGAUACAUAUAAACACACACAUCCAUAUACAUACAGAGACAUAUACGCAUUCGCAUGCAUACACACAGACCCACACAUUCAAACACACACUUCAUUUUUAUUUAAUUUCUUAUUUUUUCAAAACAAGGUCCAGCCAGAUUCCCUUUUCUCACCUUGGAACCUCAUUCCUGAGUCCAGUGGGGAGCUCCUGUAAUCCUUUUGUGCUGAUUGCCCAGUCCCCUGCAGCUCUGUAAUGAGGUCAGGGAUGUGAUGACAUCACAUCCCGACUCCAGCUUAAUUACUACAAGUCACGCAAGGAAGCUGGACACUCGGUGCAGAGAAACAGAACUACAUGUCUGUUUGUCCACUCACUGUAAAGCGCUGCUGAAUUUGUUGGCGCCAUAUAAAUAAUAACAACAUAAUAAUAAUAAUGCAGUGCAGAGAGCAGGCACCUGCUGUGGGGGGGAGAAAGGUGCUCUGUGCAUACCCCUACUGGGGCAGAUCAGCCCAACGCCCCCCCUUAGUUAUUACACCUCUGCUUGUGAGCAAAGGAAAUAACUCACAUAUAUAUAGAUACAGUAGGUUUUAAGAUCCCCACACAGAAGAGUACAAUCUAAAUGGCAGAGGUACAGGUGAAAUGCAGGUUGCCGAGAAGGCCAUAUAAAAUGUCUAGAACAGAAGUUAAAACUAAAAAGCUAUGUGUUGUUUUUUUUUUUUUUUUAAACAAAACAAAAAGAAUAAAUAUAUUGCAUAGAAAGUAUUUUCAGAUGUCAGAAAUGUGGUGGGGUCUUUUUUAGCACAGCUGAAACCUUAAAUAUUUAAUUGAAAUAGCGGCUAAAUCUUGUGCAUGGGGAAUGUUGAUAAAUAGCUCUAUGUGUACAACGCAGCGCUAACCAUAUGCAGAGCAUUGCAUUUCACUGCCCGCGGCAAGAGAACUCUUGAUAUCACUAUCAAUGAGGCCAAAGGAAAUCACAGUCUGUUUCAUCGAGUCAGCGAUGGCGGCUCCUCAUGUCCUCGGUUAUUGAAUAUCCGAAAGUUCAGCUCUGGAGCCAGGGACUCUCAAAUUCCCCCAUUUGCUUUCCAUGUGUGAUUGACUUUAAAGGAAAAUUUAACCUUGUCCACAUCUGGUUUCCAAAGGGAAUGAAGUGGGGAGAGGGGGGGUGGGAUAAAGAAAAAAAAAACGAAAAACUGAGAAAUCGGAACCUUUUAACAUGUGGUUUCCAGCCCUUGCUAUCUGUCAGUCUUAACUCUCUCCAAAACUUCAAAACAAGGAGAGAUAUUAUAAAGCAGUUCUGGCUGGAGUGAGAGGGGGAGCUUUGGGCGAAGUGGUGAGGGUAUCAAAUACAAGCUUAGCUCCAUUUGUGUGGUUCGCAUAUUUUGUCAAUAAGGAAGUCCAAAGAGCUAACAGGAAUGGUGGGGUGGCGAUUACAGAUAAAAACAAACAAAAGAUUGAGUGAAAUCUCCUGUACAUACCUCCCAAAGUCCCCAUCAGCAGUGAGGGCCGAGAUUCCUUUUCCAUUACUGUCAAAACAUCGGUUGAGGUUACUUACCAAACUGUUGAGGAUGUACCUUUUUGGCCUAGAGCCAAGCUAUAUAAACGGGGUUAAAAAUUUUUGGUUACUUUGUCUAUUUUGGACAAAAAAAAUAAAUUCCAAUUUACAAAAAUCUGUAGAUUUUCCACAAUUUACAAAUUCGGUCAAUUGCAUAUUCUAGGUUUAUAUAGGAAAUCUUUUUUUUUAAGAUAUAUAUUUUUAGCGAUAAAUUGAAAAAUAUCAGAUAUUGAUUUAUUUUUAUUAUUGACACGAUAUUAAUUUGUGUAUCAGAGAGGAAUUCUGUGGAAUCCUUGGUGGAAUUGGCACAUAUGCUUGUUUGAUAGGCAAGAAAAUGGUGCCACUUGGAAUAAUGUUGAACCAAACCAUCUUAGAUAUCUGCAGUGCCAGGGCAUAUGUGUCAUAGAUGGAUGUGACCUGGGUAGUACUUUCUUUCCUAAUAUUUCAAAAAAUGUAGGCUGCAUUUCAGUUACAAUGUAUAAGAUAUAAGAACAUACCUUCCAAGUGUCCCUGUUAAAUGGCGAUAGUCCCUAUUUUGAACCCUAAUCCACCUGUCCCACAUUUUUUAUGGUCUGUUUUUUCUAGAAAUGAGUUAGUAUAACAGAGCGUCACAUCAAACACACUCCAUAAAAAGUGAAAGUGUCCCUGUGAAUGAGAUAAAUAAAAGUAGAAUUAACAGAUAGUCAUAAAAUAAAUAAUGAUUAUACUAUAAUAUUAAGUGAUGUGUCAUCCGUAAUGAAAUAAAAUUAAAAUUAGGCUUUUUAAAAUAUUUCUUUGGGAAUGGGGGUUGGGGAGGUCAGUGAGGGGAGAACUGUCACAUUUUAGUUUUUUUUCAUAUUACGAUUACUUAUCCCUAUAUGUAACAAAUAUACGUUAAUAUGUGAGAUGCUCCUGGGUGCCUCCAUGUUAACCUCCCUGUCAAUCAUUGUUAUAAAGUCUCUCCUUUGCAUCUGGCUGUCGGCAUAGAGAGAGCAUAGGGAGAAGAGGAGAAAUGAAACUGUUUCUAUUUCUCUUUAAUUGCUGUGUGUAUCCUAACUUGGCCUUGUCUGGACUGGCCUAUUAAUGUUUUAUUCGAUUGUAUAAAUUGCAGAGAAGUAGCAGUUUCACUUUAAAUUAUUUUGGCCUAAAAUGUUCAAUUUCCUUGUCAGUUCCCAGCAUUCACAAUUUAUUGAAUAAAUCUCAUUGUUUGAGACUUUUGUACCUGAUGUGCAUACAUUCCUAUAGACUGUAAGCUCGUUUGAGCAGGGCCCUCUUCAACCUAUUGUUCCUGUUAGUUUUCUUGUAACUGUCCUAUUUAUAGUUAAAUCUCCCCUCUCAUAAUAUUGUAAAGCGCUACGGAAUAUGCUGGUGCAAUAUAAACACCAGUAAAAAUAAUAAUAAUACCUUGUUGUUAGAUAAAACUAGCAGGGUUUUAUAUUAUUGCACUAUGGAAAACACUAGGCAGCUAGGCUCUUAACCCCUUAAGGACCAAACUUCUGGAAUAAAAGGGAAUCAUGACAUGUCACACAUGUCAUGUGUCCUUAAGGGGUUAAAACCUUUUUUUACUUAUCUGGGACAUUCAGGGAUCUUGGCUCUCAUUUUCACGGUGACCUCUUUCUACUUAUCUCUUAUUUUUAUUUUCUUCUUUUUCAUAACAUUAUCUGAUUUAAUUUAAUGCAGGGGUGCCCAAAAGAUAGAUCCCCGUAUUUUGUAAAAAAAAAAAAAACGAAAAAAAACUACAGCUUCCAUGAUGCUUUGUCAUUCUAAAGGCAAGUGAAGCAUCAUGGGAAUUGUAUUUCUACAACAUCUGGGGAUCAACAUUUAGUGCACUCCUGAUAUACUGUAUGCCGAUAUCAUUUGCUGCUGUACACUGAUAUUAACGAGUUCCAAAUAUAUAUUUUUUUGUACCACCUGCUGUCCAAACUUAAAUAAAGAAAGGAAAAGAAAAUUAAAUCCCAAGAAUGGGAUUGCAAGAUUGCCAUAUUAUUCUGGGGACUACGUCACUUUUCCUUACUAUGCAUUGCGUAAUAGCGUGAGUGUUUGCACAUACUCCAGUUGCUUUUAUACAUUGCAAGAGUUAAAUCAGUUUGUUAAGAAAGAAUGUACAGUCUUGCUGAUUGGCUGCUGACAUAUUUAUAUAGUAAUAUAGGAUGAAAAAAACAUCAUCAAGAUUAACCUUGAAAAUAUAUCUUUUAGUUCUGUUGAUCCAAGAGAAGGCAAAAAUUCCAAAUUCUUAAUGUUCUUACUGUAAAGAACCAUUUCCUUUGCUGUAAGUAAAAACUCCUUUCUUCCCGUCUGAAUGGGUGACCUCUUGAAUGUGUGAAUGUUCCUGUUAAUGAACAGAAUAGCACGUUAGCAGUGUUGUUUACUAAUUCUUUAUAUAUGUGUACAGUGCUACCAUAUUCGCUCAGCUUUAAUUUAUAAAUUUUCGAAGUCUUGUGAUAAAAAAAUGCUCGUCCCAGGAGAGAGGGUUUUAGUGGUUUUUAAUCCUUGGUUGGCAGAACUUAGUUUAUUUAAAUUUCCUUAAUACAGAUGAGCAGUAUUAAAACUUUAUGGAAUUAUUGCACAGUGACGUGGAAUAUGCUGAAUCUUUAUAAAAAGGCAUUUUUUUAUAACACAUAUAUCUUUUAUCGUGCUGAGAUUGUCUGGCAAAGCAAAGCAUCAUGGGAAAAAUAAUCCACACCAUGUUGAAAAAGAGCGAUUUCCUAUUCUUAAUUUUGGAUAACUGCAAAGAUAAUCUAAUCUGAUUGGUCCACCACCCAGAGCCUCCUGACUCAUUGGAUAAUAAGGAUUACACCUGGUUAAAUCAUUAUGUCAUUUAGAAAACCUUUUGCAGAGUUAGAAGAACAUGUGCAGUUUGGCAAUGUUUUAAUGUCACAUCGGUGAUUGAAAGGUAUGAUGAAGAUUCAUUUCCAAUGGGUACACAGCUGCAAAGCCCUGAAUAGUAACUUACAUGGACCCACACCUGUUGGAUGAUGGUAACACCUUAAAACGAAACAUCCUAAGCUGGAGUUUAUAUGACAUUUUAAUUUAUUAAAGGGACACGUUAGUGUUACCAAUAAAUAAAUUUAAAGGACCACAAUAGUGCCAGGAAAACAAACCAGUUUUCCUGCCACUAUAUAGUCCUUAGGACCCCCCUCCCGCUGGGCUUUCAGCCACUUACCUUUAUCCAGCGCCGGGCUCCCUCGGUGCUGGUGACCUCUCCGCAGUGUUUGUGUGUGAAUGUAUGCAUGUUUUUGUAUGGAGUAUGUGUGAGUGAAUGUGUGUUUUCCUGCCACUAUAUAGUCCUUAGGUCCCCCCUCCCCCCAGCCACUUACCUUUAUCCAGCGCUGGGCUCCCUCGGCGCUGGUGACCUCUCCUCCCCCUCCGACGUCAGCUCCCGAGUGAAGCCGAAUUCAAAUGCGCGGUCAGAGCGUGCACGCAUUCAAACCGCCCAUAGGAAAUCGCAUUGAGCACGCAGAACAUCCUUAGGAAAGCAUUGAGUAAUGCUUUCCUAUGGAUGUUCUGCGUGCUCAUUGCGAUUUACGCAUUGAGCGUCGGGGAAGCGCCUCUAGUGGGUGUCAGUAAGACAGCAACUAGAGGCUGGAUUAACCCUGUAAUGUAGACAUAGCAGUUUCUCUGAAAAUGUAACGGUUCACCUGGCACCCCGACUGGAUACCUCCAUUGACUGUGACACACAGUCACAGUCCACUUCUUGAGGACCCCAAGCACUCUAGCUGACACCACAACCACCGCAGGCUGAAACUCUCUUCCUUCAAAGCGAAGCAGGAACAAGCUCUUACAAGAGCUUAGGAGUGAGUAAAGCAAGGGAAUUUGCAGAGCACAGCAAUCCCUUGUAGCAGAUUCCCCCAAUAAGAGACAGGACUCCAUAUUGAGGGAGAAGUAGAACUGUCUAAAACUUUAUUUUACUUGGGACUAGCCCAUAUGAAAACUCAAUAAAAUUACAAACAGUCAAAUCAUAGCAGGCAACAUACAGUGACUUAUUAUAACACAAUGGCAUAUUUUUAAAGAGGUGGGGGAGACAAUAAUUAACAGAACAUAUCUCACAUGCCUGCAGAAUUAGCAAUAUGCAAAUCUACCCGAAUAUGCAAAUGAAUCAGUCUUGCUAUUCAGGUAGUGCAUAUUGCUGUUGCUACCAACAGAGGGCACUAGACAAGCUCCAUAGCCAAACCCACCUAGUUGGUAGCAAACCUCAGCAGUACAGGAGAGCAUACAAUACAUCCCAGUGGCCAUAGUCACAUGGCAGGAGGCUGGCAAUCAGUCUUCUCCAAUGCCCAGUGGCGAGGCUGGUUCCGCCACAGUAGACAUAGCAGCAGCGGCGUACCUAGCGCAUUUGGCACCCGGGGCGGGUCCUAUUUUUCUAUUUUUGGCACCCCGCCCACCCCCCUCAACUUUAAAUGUAAAAAACAAUCACAUUCUUUUUAAUGUAUUUAGCACUGAGCAGUGUUUGUGUCUGAAUGUAUGCAUGUUUUUGUAUGGAGUAUGUGUGAGUGAAUGUAGAGGUGUGUUUGUAUGUAGUGUUGGUGUUUGAAUGCAAGCUUGCAUUUGUGUGUUGUGUGGUAUUUGAAUGCAGCGAUGUGGUUAUCUAUAAUGGUGGGGUUUUUAUGUAGUGUUGACGUUGAAAUGCACGAGUGUAUUUGUGUGUAGUGUUGGCGAGAUUUUGAGAUGUCUGCACAUAUACACAUACACGGACAUACACACAUGCAGAUACAUAUACACAAAAGGAGAUACACUGUGCUCUGCAUGCUGGCAUCUGACAACACAUUUGCAUAUAAUUCACAUUAGCCACCCAGAUUUCUUGUUGUGGGCUGGCUGACAUCUCUUAACUUCGAUCUUUGUUUAGCAGAUAACUUCCCUAUUUGCUAUCCUUAUGUGGGCUUGCAAUAUUUAGGGACACCAAAUAAGGUAACUAUCUGCUAAACAGCACCCUCAUUUGGUAGCUUUAAAUAUGGAAAUCUCGCAUACGGGCACCAAUUCAGGGAAUUAUCUACUAAACAGCUAAAGGAUCAAAAUUAAAAAAGCCCUUCUCUUAUUUUCAGUUGUUUAGUAGAUAUAUCCCUUAUUUGUUAUCCUUAUAUUAGAUUGCAAUAUUUAAGGACACCAAAUAAGGGAGCUAUCUACUAAACACAUACACAGAGAUACACACAAUCACACACAUAAUCACAGAUAUACACAAACACAAUCACAGACCACACACAUACAAUCACAGACACACAAUCACAUACACACACAAACAUUACAUACAUACACACAUUUAAUAAAUAAGAGGUCCACCCAGCCUCCCUACCUUGCUCUAGAAGGGCUAGUGGAUCCUCAGUCCCUGGUGGUCAGUGGUUGCUGCUGGGAUCUCUGUGCUCUUCCUGCACAGGUCCCUCGCAUGCCCUGUAAUGACACAGAGGCCGCGAUGACACCAUAUCCUGGCUGCAGUCUCACUGCAGGGCGAAGACCGUCAGACACAGUCAGAUGCACACAGUCCCACACACAUACAGUCACACAUACACACACACAGUCACAGACAGUCACACACACACACGCACAUGCAAUCACAGGCAGAUAGUCACACAGGCAAACAGUCACACAUACACACACACAGUCACAGACAGUCACACACACACACAAUCCCAGGCAGACAGUCACACACACACAAUCACAGGCAGACAGUCACACAUACACACACAGUCACAGACAGUCACACACAAUCACAGGCAGACAGUCACACACACACACAUCAUCACAGGCAGACAGUCUCUCUCUCACACACACACACACACACAAACACAGGCAGACAGUCGCACACACAGUCACAGACAGUCACCAAAUAAGGGAGCUAUCUACUUUUUUUUUUUUAGAAAUAGUUUUUUUUUAGAAUUAAUUUUAUUUAGAAAGUUUGCCGGUUUCACUAGUAUAUCUUUUAAUAAAUGUGCCAAAAAAAACAGCAAGAGAAAUGUAUGUAAUGAAGAAAAAUAGAAUUUAUAAAUAUAAUUGUGGAGUUUCAAUAAACAACCACUUACUACCCAGUGAGUAAUGAAAUUCACAAAUAUAGGUUCAGAGUUACAUUCUGUUAACCUUUGCUACACAUUAUACAUGCAAUACCACUUUCCUGAGACGUUUUGAGCAUACAAUAAUUUAGUUGUUUUGGUCUCAAACGUAAAAUUCACUCUAACUUCACUUCUGCAUUCACCCUGUGUGCCCUUAACCCAGUACUCCUCAGCCUGGGAUGUUGGCGUAGUUAGAGUAGCAAAUCGACAACCUUUUGUGCUUGAACGAAUGUUUCACACAAAGGGACUGUCAGAGAGGCAUAGGAAGGGAUCACUUCCCAGAGAACAGGCUAAAUAAAUUGUUAAACCUGCUAGAGGAAUGGCAAGCUGUUCGGAGACUGUAAGUGCGUUUACCCCAAACAGCUCAGUAAUGCCAAAGAAAAUAUCAUGAAUUUUUUAUUUUCCUUGAGAUAAAAGAGAUUUUCCUGUCUCUUUAAUCCACUGUGGAGCGGUCGUUUCGCAGAGUACAUAUACACACAGUAGCCACAUCAUCACCUCCUCACUCAAGGAAAUAACUCAUGAUAAUGAGCGCAGAUUUACAAAUAGGCCUUGUCUCCACAAAUUAACCCAAUCCCUUCCAGAUCUGGCCUGUGAAUCUACUGAUAUGAAAUGCUAAUUUUCAUCCCAUGGCAAAGACAUUAACAGCUGCCACAUGUCCUAUUCUAAAGGCAGAAUGCUAUGCUUUUAUAAACGUGAAGAGGUAGUAUGUACAAAAGUGAUUUACAAGCCAGGAGAAGAGAUGGCGUAUCUUUAAAUCAUAACGUAUUGGAUCUUGCUCCUUCUGUUUAGAUUGUAAACUAAUUUGGGCAGAGCCCUCUUCACAUACUAUGCCCGUGUUUUGUUGAAGGGGCACUACCCCUAAAGCACUUUAGCUCGCUGUAACGCUUUAUGCGUGAAGAGUGCAUCCUCUUUUUUCAUUUUGUAAAUAGUGCAGAUUUCAAUAGAAAUUAACACUUUUAUAAAUUAAAGGGACAAACCCGUUUUCCUGACACUACGGGAUCCUGCAGUGCCCCCCUUCCUCCGACCCACCAUCCCAUAUUGCUGAAAGGGUUAAAACCCCUUCAGUGACUUACCUGUAUCCAGCGCCGAUGUCCCUCGGCGCUGUGUCAGGCUCCGCUCACGCUCCUGCCCUGCCAACGUCAGCCGGCAGGGGAGACCUAAUGCGCAUGCGCGGCAAUGGAAGCGAGCGCACAUUAGACUUCCCUGUAGGAAAGCAUUAUUCAUUGCUUUUCUAUGGGCAUUCCGGCGACGCUGGAGGUCCUCAUACAGAGCGUGAGGACGUCCAGCAUCGUUUAAGCGACCAAAAAGUCACUUAAGAACCCGGAAGUCCCUCUAGUGGCUAGUGGCUGUCUAGUAGACAGCCACUAGUGGAGGACUUAACCCCGCAAGGUAAUUAUUGCAGUUUAUAAAACUGAAAUAAUUACACUUGCAGGGUUAAGGGUGGUGGGAGUUAGCCACCCAGACCACUUCUGCCCAUUGGAGUGGUCUGGGUGGCUAGAGUGUCCCUUUAACCUGGUUACACCCACUGGAUUUUCAAUCAGACAACAGGUCCUGUUACUUCCUGGUUUGGUUAGCUUAUGUGCACUGAACUCAAGAGGCAGCAAUUGUCCUGAGCCUUGCCUUGCAAAGACUUCUCAUUAAGCUGCAUUAGAAAGUCUGUGAUUGGACAGCCACAGAAAGUCUGGGCAGAGUUAGAAGGGAAGUGCUAACAAAAACAGCAGACAAGAGAACUGCAGUUUUUGCAAGGUCUUUUUAAAUAUACCCCACAUGAAAUAAUGCAUAAUUAAAUUCAUACAAGUUUUCAUUUGGGGUAUAUCUACUAAACUGUUUUUUUAAUUUAUUUUGUAUUUAGGCAGUGGAGUGUCGCUUUAAAAUUAAAUGGCUGUCUUGUUUACCUAUUCUACAGCACUGUGGAAUAUUUUGGUGCUACAUAAAUAAUUGUACUCAGUGGAUUAAAGCUGAUUUGUUUCAUUAGUAAAAGUUAUUGCUAUUAAUGUGACCACUUUAGACAAACCACUAAUUAAUACUAGUGUUAUCUUAUGUUUGAAGUGGACUGCAGCCCUAAAAUAUGCGGCACUUAAUUAAAGGAUCACUAUAGUGUCAGGAAAACAAAGCGGUUUUCCUGACACUAUAGUGCCCUGAGGGUGCCCCCACCCUCAGGGUCCCCCUCCCAUGGCGCUAAAGGGGUUAAAACCCCUUCAUCAGCUUACCUUAUUCCAGCGCCGGGCUCCCUUGGCACUGGUGACCUCUCCGAAGUCUGCUUCCCCGGCCGACGUCACCUUCCCCAGCCGCGCGCGCAUUCAAAGUGUCCAUAGGAAAGCAUUUAGCGGCUGGCUUAACCCCAAAUGUAAAUGUAUGUUUGCAUCUAAAGGGUUAAAACCUGAGGGACCUGGCACCCAGACCACUUCAUUGAGCUGAAUUGGUCUGGGUGACUAUGGUGUCCCUUUAAAGAUUCUAAAUUUCCUUAAGUACUAACUGAUAGCUUAUUCAGUGUUUUUUAAUUCAAAAGACAACAUUAGACAGAACUGUUUCUAUAUUUAUUUUUUACAAAUGAUGUGCCUCGUUGAUUUAAUUUGAAUUGUAAAAUAGCACUCAAACAUCACAAAUGAAUUCUAAAAAAUAAAGUGACACUUUAUUUCACACAAAUUAACUUUAUUCUCCCAUAAUCCUUUAGUACAAUAAUACUUGUGCCACGUUUAACUGUACUGAGUAAUGUAGUUCCUUCUAUAUCUGCAACAAGGAUUCAAGAGCUGAUGCCCCACUUAAAAAAAAAAUUGUCAUAAUUAUUUUUCUUAUUUCAAAUGGGAGAUUACAGAAUCUCUAUUAAUUUGCAAUGCACACAUAUACGUAAAUAAAUACUUCCUUUCAGUGCAUCUCCAUAAUCUAAAGUAUUCUUUGGUCAGAUCAUAACUUAUCAUAAUUUAUUUUUUUGUACAGCGCUACGGAAUCUGAUGGCGCUAUAUAAAUAAUAAAAUAAUAAUAAUAAUAAUCCAAACAAUAAAUAUGCAGGUAAUCACUAGCUUGGCUUUAUGAGCAAGAAGGUGGUAUCUUAGAAAUGCACUCUGGGAUUUCAGACCUUUAAAUUAUGGAACACUGACCGCCUUUCCCAAAUUCAUAUCUCUUAAUGUUGGGAGGUAUAAAGAUUGGUGCCCCCACAGAGCAAGAGUAAGGCCUUUAAAUCAUGGAACUCUGACCGCCUGUCCCAAAUUCAUACCUCUUAAUGUUGGGUGGUAUAAAGAUGGCUGCCCCCACAGAGCAAGAGUAAGUCGAGGGAUUUGAUUAAAUGUUUUUACCUUAUAUGUACUCAUGACAAAAUAAUACAAAACAAGUCUAUAUUCCAUAGAAUCUUUUCUUUCCAAUGAUAGCAUUAAUUAUCACAUGUAUCCUUUAAAAUUUCAAUGUAUGUAUAUUGUAUGUGAUUAAAGUUUAUUAAAGUUUAAUUUACAGAGAAAGAGAUACGAUUGUUUAAGGUAAAUUAUAUCUCAUUGAAAGUGAAACCAGUUUUUUUUUCAUGCUGGCUGUGUCAGUCAAAGCUGGGGAGGUGUGACAAGGGCUGCAAAAACAGAAACAAAGUGAUUUAACUCAUAAAUGGCAGUGAUUUGAGCAGUGAAACCUGAGAGGCACGAUCUAUACACUAAAACUGCUUCAUUAAGCUAAAGUUGUUUAGGUGACUAUAGUGUUCCUUUAAGGGUUAUUCAAAGUGUGAAUAGAUUAAUAUAUGUAUCUAUAUUCAUAGAUUGCAAGCAUAGAUUUGUGCAAAUCCCUCUUCUUCUCUUGUCUCUGCUAUAUUACCUGUUGUUAGAUAUCAUCAUUUUAUAAUUUUACAGCGCUGAGGAAUAUGUUGGUGCUAUAGAAAUGCUAACAAUGAUAAUAUUGAACACUGACAAAACUGUCACAAUAAUCUUUGGAACAGUACCUAAAUUACACAAAUUACACAAUUCCCACCUAUCCAUCAAAACAAAUUCAAAUGGCACACUGACCGCAGUCCACUCUUUCAAAUACUUGGGUAUUAUGUUAGACCCCAAUCUAUCUUUUGGCCUGCACAUAGAAAAGCUUGCAUCUAAACUUUAUCAAAAACUAGGUGCCCUGUGCAGAAACAAAUCCUGCCUAAGCCCUACAGUAAAGGAUAAGAUUGUACAGCAAUGCUGAUGCCAAUCAUUGAUUAUGGGGAUGUAGUAUAUGCAUCUGCAUCGCAAUCCCACAUUAAUAAACUCAACAGAUUGUAUAACUCGUUCUGCCGAUUUGUGCUACAAUGUAAUUACAGGACCCACCAUUGUGACAUGCUGAAGGAACUAAACUGGCUAUCACUGGAAUCCAGACGCACCCUUCAUCUUUCCAGCCUUGUAUUUAAGAGCUUUUCUGGGAAGCUCCCACCGUACCUGAACAAAAUGCUUUCCUGAGCUGUUCCCACUUUCUAUAAGCUCCGAUCCAGUACAAGCACUUUACUUAGUCUACCUCAAUACAAAAAGAAAGCGGCCCGAUCCUCCUCCUCCUACAGAGCAGCGCAAUUGUGGAACGACCUCCCGCACAAUUGAAAAUCUUCCCUAAGCCUAAAGUCCUUUAAGAGAUCCCUCUCUACAUGUCCCAAAACAGAAUGCACGUGUCAUGGUUGAUUAUAUAUUUCCUGCCUGUUCUAUGUUAAAUUUUGUAUUUAUUGUGUAUUAAUAUUGUUUUUGUAUUUUAUUGUACCUAAUGUAACAAUGCAAUGAUUUGUGGACCCAGGACAUACUUGAAAACGAGAGAAAUCUCAAUGUAUCUUUCCUGGUAAAAUAUUUUAUAAAUAAAUAAUUAAAUGGCCAGCCCUCAGUGACCCCUUUUAAUUGUCUCACCCCUUUUUUUAAACAGGUUCACCUCUAAUGGCAUUACUAGUGACAUAAAAAGGUGUCAUUGGCACCCUACUGGCUCUCCCUCUGCCUUCUCAAUUUGUGUUUUAAACUCUAUAUUUCCAUGUGUCUAAAGUCAGGAAGUACCCAAAUUCCCGUAAGAUGCUUAAUGUUCAACGAAUCUCAUCAUUACCAUUAUCUAAUUAACCAAUAGAAUCAUCUAUGAUCCAUCAUGAUUGUAUCAUCAUACAUUCAUUAUACAUUUGCCAUCUUGACUGCAUCAUCAUAAAUUGUGUUAACAGUGUUUGGGCGGUUUGUUACUUGCUCUUGACUUUUGACUCCUCCUGAAUUUAUAGAUAUAAUAAAAAAAAUAAUAGUAUACAACCUGGAAUAAAAUAUAUAAUGCAGAAGGUUUCUGGUAUUGGGCAGAAGAGCUGACAAUCACUACUAUCCAGCCUGUAACAUGUGCAGCACAGUGCUUUGCUUGUGAAAUAACUUUUAGCAGAUCCUGUUAGGUGAAGAUCUGUCAUCACAAGCUUCUUAUCUGCAAGAUAUUUUUUCAUUGGCCGCUUUUAUUGCCUUUGAUUCAUUCCUGUGAGAGGACCCAGUACCUUGGAUUUUUCGGAGCCCACUGUCUGUCUUUUUCAACAAUUCAAAGUCCUGUUAUCAGCCGUCAGGGCCUCAAAGGGCAGAGUUAUGGCCUAGUUAACAGGUUAUCAGAGAGAUGGUACACUGCUUCUCUUCAGUAUUGUCACAUUAAGCCCACAUGAUUUUUAACUGUAGUAUUUUCUCCUCUUGGCUCUGAGAACUGAACACUGAAGUUACUGAAUCCGAGUGAUAAACACUGUGUCGGUACAUACGUUGCUGAUCCAACUGACACUCACAGGGUUAAUGUGCAAUAGCCUUUACUGUAUAAUAUAGAAAUAUUAUACAGUGCAUUAAAACAAUAUAUAGAUAUUUUAUUAUAGUGCAUUAAAACAAAAACAAAUAUAUAAAAAAAAAUGCUAAAAAUAAUAAUAAGCAUGUAUUUGAAGUCCCUGCAUUUGCUGCAGCUCUUAAGUGAGUGCUCACUAACCCACAACGUUCCCAAUGCUUUCUUUAAUUACUAUAGCACGGCUGAUCUUAUUCUAUAAUUGGCUGAGGGAUGUAGCAGUGGUUUCUGGGAGUGGUAGUUCAAAUGUCUGCUACCGUAGUGGGGAAAGGGAUGGAAACCCUGUUAAAGGAUAGGAUUGUUGAACAUCUAAAAUCGCAUGGAUUUCAAGAUUAGAGACAACAUGGGUUUACUUCAGGGAGAUCAUGCCAAACUAACCUUUUGAUUUUUUUGAUUGGGUAACUAAAAUAAUAGAUCAGAGUGAUGCAUUAGACAUUGCUUACCUAGAUUUCAGUAAGGCUUUUGACACUGUUGCACAUAGAAGGCUUAUCAAUAAACUGCAAUCUUUAAGUUUGGAUUCCAAUAUUGUUGAAUGGGUAAGGCAGUGGCUGAGUGACAGGCAACAGGGGGUUGUAGUUAAGGGAAGCUUGGACUUGUCACCAGUGGGGUACCUCAGGGAUCUGUACCUGGAAUUCUCUUUAAUAUUUUUUUAGUGAUAUUGCAGAAGGUCUUUGAGGUUGGGAUAACUAAGAUAUGUAACAAUGUUAGAUAAAUCAAAUCAGAGUUGUGGCAACUGACAUUUAAUGUGGAUAAGUGCAAGAUAAUGCAUCUUGGAUAUAAAAACCCAAGGGCAGAGUACAGAAUAUUUGAUAGAGUCCUAACCUCAACAUCUGAAGAAAGGGUAGGGGGGGAUUAUUUCUGAUGACUUAAAGGUAGGCAGACAAUGUACUAGAGCAACAGGACAUGCUAGCAUAAUGCUUGGUUGUAUAGGGAGAGGUAUUAGCAGUAGAAAGAGGGAAGUGCUCAUGCCAUUGUACAGAACACUGGUGAGACCUCACUUGGAGUAUUGUGCAGUACUGGAGACCGUAUUCCAGAAGGAUAUUGAUACUUUAGAAAGAGUUCAGAGAAGGGCUACUAAACUGGUUCAUGGAUUGCGGGAUAAAACUUACCAGGAAAGGUUAAAGGAACUUAACAUGUAUAGCUUGGAGGAAAGACGAGACAGGGGGGAUAUGAUAGAAACAUUUAAAUACAUAAAGGGAAACAACACAGUAAAGGAGGAGACUAUAUUUAAAAAAAAGAAAAACAACCACAACAUGAGGACAUAGUCUUAAAUUAGAGGGGCAAAGUUUUAAAAAUAAUAUCAGGAAGUAUUAUUUUACUGGGAGGGUAGUGGAUGCAUGGAAUAGCCUUCCAGCUGAAGUGGUAGAGGUUAACACAGUGAAGGAGUUUAAGCAUGCAUGGGAUAGGCAUAACGCUAUCCUAGAUAUAAGAUAAGGCCAGGGACUAAUUAUUAUUAUUAUUAUUUUAUUAUUUAUAUAGCGCCAGUAAAUUCCGUAGUGCUGUACAAUGGGUGGACUAACAGACACGUAAUUGUAACCAGACAAAUGGACGCACAGGAACAGAGGGGUUGAGGACUCUGCUCAAUGAGCUUACAUGUUAGAGGGAGUGGGGUAUAGUGACACAAAGGGUAUAAGUAGGGGUAAUGAAAUAGGUUGCUAGAAAAGUAAUGACUGAGAACUUAGUAGGUUAUUUUUGACAGUUGCUGGAGAGGAGUCAUGGGGAAGGGGGGAUGAAAACCUGCUAGCAGUUUAGAUAAUAUGCUCUCCUGAAGAAGUGUGUUUUCAAAGACUAUUGAAAGUAUUUAGAAAAUUGUGCAGACUAGAUGGGCCAAAUGGUUCUCAUCUGCCGUCACAUUCUCUUCUAUGUACAAAACGAGCUGUAACCUAAACUACACACUGUACCUAACUGUGCAGAUACCUAGAAUGUCCUGUUAUAGAAAAUGUCCAUCAUAUUUUGUAUUAUUAUGACUUGUGUGUAUAUUUUAUUUUGAAAUGAUUAAUUAGUCAUCUCCAGGCUCACCAUUGUUCUAUGGGGAUGGCCAUCUAUAGGUCCGCUUUGGUCAGACGCACAAUUUAUCUCAAUGACAUAAUCUUAAAAAACAAAAAUAUCAGGUUGCUGGCGUAACACAGUUAAAGGGACACUCUAAGCCUAACAUAGUGGUUGUGUCAGUAGAGUUGACAGGCUCCUUGCAUCUACAAUAAAUACAUUCAGAAUUGUUCUGUGUGGCUCACCUCCCUCUCUGUCAUCUUCUGAUGUAGUUUGCUGCCUUAUCAGUGAAGUUGACUUGACCUAUCCUUCUUUUUAAACUUAGUGCCUCUAAAAAAUACAAAGAAAUCAUGUGUGUGCUUUCUCCUACUCUUCAUUAGGAGAUGAAACAUAUAACAAUAACAAACACUAAGUGGGACAAAUGAAUAAGUAGAUUAAAUGCGUCUCCUCACCUUAGUAAAUGUUGCCAAAGUGCUUACGUGGUUUAGGUAUGCUGCAGAGUUUAGUAUAAUACACACUUACCACUGUGUUUCUGAGGUGAUCUGGCUAAGCAUUAUUUUUCCAAGAUUUCCUGAAAUUACCCAUAUGUGUGUUUAUGAAUCAUGGGACAUUUGGAAUUUACAUCAGAUGCCAGGCUGUGCCAGAGUAGCCUUAAAUCAAUACAAAACAAAGUAAAUACAAGCAAAGAAGCUGAACCAGAAAUAAAAUAUGAAAACGACUCUGUCACCUUCUGGGGGCUUUGCAUAGACCCCACCCCCCCCAUGGGGAUAUCGCCGCUGGGGGGUCCUGUGGACAUGGGGGAGGGAAUGCAGAGAUUAUCUGAACCUGUCUUUCGUGUGCACAGCCAUUCUCUUCCCUCUUGUCCUCUUCAGCUCCUGCCGCUUUAGCUGCCAAGAGCCGACAUUAGCGUUGUACUCUUACACAUGCGCGAGAGUACAUCAUUAAGGUCUAUGGAGGAUCCCACGAGGUUGCGGGAUCCUCCGUAGAGAUAGCUUUUUUCCAUAAAGCCAUUACUGGUGACGGUUGGGGUAAAUGACGAGCUUGACAGCAGUAACUCUGCCUUUUUGUCAAUCUUGUCAAGCACAGGAAAAAUACUCAGACAAAGUAGUCUCCACUUUGUCUCAGUAUAUUCUACUGGGUUGAAAUUACAGUGAUAUUCCAGCACAGCCAAUCAGAGUAUUUAAUUGAGAUCCUAUCUUUAUGAAAUACUCAUUUUUGAUGUGGGGUGACAGAACCGUUUUAAACAAAAUAAUCUUUUAGUUACCCAUGAAGUGUCAGUAGUACUUAAAUGUAAUUAAACAAAUCUUUAACUCUCUUAUAAUAUAAUCCCUUCAAAAUACCAUAUCUCUUUGAAAGCUUUAAAAUAUUGCAGAAAGGGAUUAAAAAUACACAGUGUCAAUUUUUAAUCCAUAGGAGCCUACUGAACCAGCCAGGUACUAAUUGUAAGCAUUUUGGGUACUUUAUACCAGUGGAAUUACGUAAUGGUUUAAGAGUGUUCAUUCAUUCUCUCUGACUCGCUAUUUAAUGAGCCCAAUAAGGAUGUGACUUAUGGUAAUACAUCAAGCAUCUUGCCAUCUCUCCUAGAUCUUCAACAGUUCAAUGGUUUAAUAACUUAGUAGUUUGAGUCAAAAUUAUCCUCAGAUGAAACUGUGAUGUUUUUUGUUUGUCUGGUUGGUUUUCUUUUCAUAUGCCCCUUGUAUCUUAAUGAUUAUAUUGCCUCCUUACCAUUCACCUUUAUUUAUAAUUAAUAUAUUUCCUUCCCUGUUCCCAAUCUCAAUAUCUGAGCGCCACCAUUUUGUUCUCCUCUGUGUAUAAUGUCUGCACUUUUCCCUUCUGCGGAAUUCUUUUGACUGGUGGACUGUGAAUAAAUUAGCUUGAUAUCGGAAAGCAAUCUUUACCCUUUGCCAAAGAAUGCCAAAGAUCAUGCUCAACGUAACACAUAGUAUUCACCACUUUAUCUUUGGUAAUAAAAUCAAACACGAACUAAAGUUAAUAUAAAAAAAAAAAAUCAAGGGGAAAUAGUGGGAGAAAAAAAAGAUUCAGUAAUAUAAUUACAAUGUGACAUUGCCGCAUUAACGAUGAUUUCAAAUUUUGAUAGAAGUUCUUAGAAAGAACGUUAAAAGACCUUAAUGAAGUGAGGAGUCUCUUGACACCACCUUAACUAACUAAGUUCAGUGGCUUUUGAAUGGUGUCACCUUCCCUGAUGCUCAUCUUCCCUGCCACCUACAGUCCUUUUUGCAGCCGCCACUGUAAAUAUCAGUGGGCGGACAUUUUUUCUGACACUUUUCACCAAUCGCCACUGCCCAAGCCUAACCUACACAGUGCAUCUAAAGUGUGUGGGAGCCUGGAGUGUCCCUUUAAUAAUAUAAACUCACCCAGUAUAACUAACUGUAACCCAACCUACACAGUGCAUCUAACGUGGAGCCUGGAGUGUCCCUUUAAUAAUAUAAACUCACCCAGUGUAACAAACUGUAACCUAACCUACACAGUGCAUUUAACGUGUGUGGGAGCCUGGAUUGUCCCUUUAAUAAUAUAAACGCACCAGUAUAUCUAACUGUGCAAUCUAACCUACACAGUGCAUCUAACGUGUGUGGGAGCCUGGAGUGUCCCUUUAAUAAUAUAAACCCACCCAGUAUAACUAACUGUAACAUAACCUACACAGUGCAUCUAAUGUAUGUGGGAGCCUGGAGUGUCCCUUUAAUAAUAUAAACCCACCCAGUAUAACUUACUGUAACCUAGCCUACACAGUGCAUCUAACGUAUGUGAGAGCCUGGAGUAACCUAACUGUAACCUAACCUACACAGUGCAUCUAACGUGUGUGGGAGCCUGGAGUGUCCCUUUAAUAAUAUAAACCCACCCAGUAUAACUAACUGUAACCUAACCUACACAGUGCAUCUAAUGUGUGUGGGAGCCUGGAGUGUCCCUUUAAUAAUAUAAACCCACCCAGUAUAACUAACUGUAACCUAGCCUACACAGUGCAUCUAACGUAUGUGAGAGCCUGGAGUGUCCCUUUAGUAAUAUAAACCCACCCAGUAUAACUAACUGUAACCUAACCUACACAGUGCAUCUAACGUGUGUGGGAGCCUGGAGUGUCCCUUUAAUAAUAUAAACCCACCCAGUAUAACUAACUGUAACCUAACCUACACUGUGCACCUAUCUUGUGUGGGAGCCUGGAGUGUCCCUUUAAUAAUACAAACCCACCCAGUAUAGCUAACUGAAACCUAACCUACACAGUGCACCUAACGUAUGUGGGAGCCUGGAGUGUCCCUUUAAAAAUAUAAACCCACCCAGUAUAACUAACUGUAACCUAACCUACACAUAGCACCUAGCGUGUGUGGGAGCCUGGAGUGUCCCUUUAAUAAUAUAAACCCAUCCAGUAUAACUAACUGGAGUGUCCCUUUAAAAACAGUUGAACAUUGUGAAACAUUGUUAAAUCCACCGAUAGACAGUUCUUAAUAUAAUGUGGCAGCAGCUUUUCUGAUUCAAUCUAUCAAUACCAUGAGUUGAGUCCUGUCUUGGAUGGACCUUCCAACAAUACGCUCAUAAAUUUUGAUAGAUAAGAAAGUACAUUGUAGAUGCUGGGCCCCAACAGCGCUGGAGGGAUUAAAUAAAUCCUCUUCAGCUUUGUGGAUCCAUCCAUUUUACUUUAGUGUGCUCAUUUUGUCUGUAAUGAAUCACCACCACCAGAGGAGCUGACAAUCUAAUGUGCUGCUGUAGGCACAGAAAGAUAAAAAUUACCUUUCCAAGGUCACGGAAAGUUGAGUCUUGAAGUCUUGCUCCUAAAUCCUUAAGCUAUGGGAACAUUUGAUUUUAGUGAACUAUAACCCUAAUGCAUCAUGCAGUGGGGGGAAAAGGGAGGAAGGAUUUUCCGGCAGAACUGAGAAAGAAAAACUUGGUGAAGUCAUGUUGAAAACACACCUUAUAAGGUGGCCUGUGAUGGAUAUCUAGAAUACAGGAAUCCCCCACACAGACACUUGGAAACUCAAACAAAGAGAUUCAUGGCAAAUGAGUUAGAAUAGAAAAAGAGGAUUAUUCAGUUCUCGGGAAGAGAAAAGGAAGACGCACAUUUUAGGGCAAGUUUUUCCGCCUGGAAAAAUAAGCUGGGAAGUUCUUCCAUAUCAGAUGUUAUAAUCUAGAACUUUGCAGCAUCAUAGUCAGUCCUCCUCCGCACAAUCACUAAAGGGUGAAUUGUACGGAAUUGAAAUCUGAAACUUUGGCAAACAUAUCUGAUCUGGAAGAAAAACUCCAACUCAACCAGAGCAGCAGAUUGGAUGGUUCUGCCAUUUGGAUCUCAGUUUGCUACAAUUCAUUCAUAAAUAAAUACACCAUAAUGUAGAGAUUUUCACUUGUUUUUAACUAUGUCCAACUUACUGCUGCUUAUCUUAUCAUUAAGGAUAAAACAAUUUGAGACUGGGAUGACAUUUCUGGGACAAAAUCUGUAACUGAGAGUAGAGCGGGUAUUGCAGUUGGUGCAUUAACUCAGUGACCUAUCCUAACUGUGGCUUUGUUUUUUUACUACUGGGAAUUCAUUCAAAAUAAGCAGAGAAACGUCAUAUGAACAGUUUAACAUUAUACAUGCACAUUAUUGUCUUGUGAUUGCACCUACAAUAUGUGGGUGUGUAAAGUGUGCCUUUAAGUAGAUGACAAUGUGGAAGGCUAUAUGGACCAGUGGAAUGCUUACUGGAAUCUAUGUUAUCCCAUCGUAUUAUCAGUGUGACCACUUUUUAAUUAAUUGUAUCUUGUUUUUAUAGCCAAAGAGAGCUCCCUGACUCCAAACAGCGACCCACCAGGAAUGGAGAGUGGUUACAUGACCAGCAAGGAGACUUCGGGAAAAGGAUCCCAGGACAGAGGGAGUGGAGAUCUGCCCAUCGAUAAGACUGAAUCUGAAAGCAACAAAGGAAAGAAACGAAGGAACAGGACUACAUUUACCAGCUACCAGCUGGAAGAGUUGGAAAAAGUCUUCCAAAAGACGCACUACCCUGAUGUCUACGCUCGGGAACAGUUGGCCAUGCGGACUGACCUAACAGAAGCCAGAGUGCAGGUACAUGAUGAUUCGUAAUAUGUUGACUAACAUGCCCCCACCCAAAAAAAUAACAAUAAUAAUAAAAAUAAGAAAACGUAUUAGGUGCCUUAGAGUAGACCUACUGCUAUAAAAUAAGAUAAUUCUCAGUAAGCCGUUAAAAGAAACAUCUAAAUGCUUUCUUUUGAAGUUUAGUAACAUGUCCACAGCAUCUUUUGUAAAAAAAAUCUUUGUAACCUUUUUUUUGACCGAUCUAUGGCACAGUAAAAAGAGUACCAGCAUUAACACCGUAAGGAAUUGAUAUUCUAUUACACUAAUAUAACCUUUAAAUGAGCAGAUUUUACGGUGACGUAGACCGUCUCGUCUGUGGUGCCAAAGGACAAUAUAUAGGUAAAUACUUUUAACGUUUUCUUCUGGCCUUACACAAACUCAGCACUUACGCUGGGAAAAACUAACGCUGAAAGUGUUACUUUACGCUAUGAGGUCAGCAAGUUAGCAGACUAGUCUGACUGCGUGUAACUCAUUUUACGUGCUACACGGCUCUUUACGGGUACAAUAAAUCGACCCACUUGUUUUAGAACAACAUGUUUACCUCUUAUAUUGUUGAAGUAAAGUGAUGUCUCCGAGCUGUGCAAAUGUUGUUCCUUUUGCAUUGAAUAAGGAUUGUGUAUCAAAGUCCAAAAUUGUUGUUUUAUUUUUAUUUAAGAGAAAUCCCAAAAGAUUCAGUCCCAUGCCCCAAGUAAUAAAUUUGGCCCUAUAGGGAUUUAAUAAUGAUGUACCUACGUUAAAGGUUCAAUUUUGAUGUUAUAGGUUUUUUUUGUAAAGUAAUAGUAGCCAUGAUUUAGUAAAUAGAAACAUAGAAACAUAGAAUGUGACGGCAGAUAAGAACCAUUCGGCCCAUCUAGUCUGCCCAAUUUUCUAAAUACUUUCAUUAGUCCCUAGCCUUAUCUUAUAGUUAGGAUAGCCUUAUGCCUAUCCCACGCAUGCUUAAACUCCUUUACUGUGUUAACCUCUACCACUUCAGCUGGAAGGCUAUUCCAUGCAUCCACUACCCUCUCAGUAAAGUAAUACUUCCUGAUAUUAUUUUUAAACCUUUGUCCCUCUAAUUUAAGACUAUGUCCUCUUGUUGUGGUAGUUUUUCUUCUUUUAAAUAUAGUCUCCUCCUUUACUGUGUUGAUUCCCUUUAUAUAUUUAAAUGUUUCUAUCAUAUCCCCCCUGUCUCGUCUUUCCUCCAAGCUAUACAUGUUAAGAUCCUUUAACCUUUCCUGGUAAGUUUUAUCCCGCAAUCCAUGAACCAGUUUAGUAGCCCUUCUCUGAACCCUCUCUAAGGUAUCAAUAUCCUUCUGAAGAUACGGUCUCCAGUACUGUGUACAAUACUCCAAGUGAGGUCUCACCAGUGUUCUGUAUAAUGGCAUGAGCACUUCCCUCUUUCUACUGCUAAUACCUCUCCCUAUACAACCAAGCAUUCUGCUAGCAUUUCCUGCUGCUCUAUUACAUUGUCUGCCUACCUUUAAGUCAUCAGAAAUAAUCACCCCUAAAUCCCUUUCCUCAUAUGUUGAGGUUAGAACUCUAUCAAAUAUUCUGUACUCUGCCCUUGGGUUUUUACGUCCAAGAUGCAUUAUCUUGCACUUAUCCACAUUAAAUGUCAGUUGCCACAAUUCUGACCAUUUUUCUAGUUUACCUAAAUCAUUUGUCAUUUGGCUUAUCCCUCCUGGAACAUCAACCCUGUUACAUAUCUUAGUAUCAUCAGCAAAAAGACAUACCUUACCAUCAAGACCUUCUGCAAUAUCACUAAUAAAAAUAUUAAAGAGAAUGGGUCCAAGUACAGAUCCCUGAGGUACCCCACUGGUGACAAGUCCAAGCUUCGAAUAUAUUCCAUUAACUACAACCCUCUGUUGCCUGUCACUCAGCCACUGCCUUACCCAUUCAACAAUAUUUUAAUCCAAACUUAAAGAUUGCAGUUUAUUGAUAAGCCUUCUAUGUGCAACAGUGUCAAAAGCCUUACUGAAAUCUAGGUAAGCAAUGUCUACUGCACCACCCUGAUCUAUAAUUUUAGUUACCCAAUCAAAAAAAUCAAUAAGAUUAGUUUGGCAUGAUCUCCCUGAAGUAAACCCAUGUUGUCUCUGAUCUUGAAAUCCAUGUGUUUUUAGAUGUUCAACAAUCCUAUCCUUUAACAUGGUUUCCAUCACUUUCCCCACUACUGAAGUAAGGCUUACUGGCCUAUAGUUGCCCGACUCCUCCCUAUUACCUUUCUUGUAAAUGGGCACAACAUUCGCUAACUUCCAAUCUUCUGGGACUACUCCUGUUAACAAUGAUUGGUUAAAUAAAUCUGUUAAUGGUUUUGCUAGUACACCACUAAGCUCUUUUAAUACCAUUGAUUGGCAUACAUUCAUUGCACAAUUUCUUUAUGUUAUAUGUAGUAAUUUUGUUAUGCGUUUAUGUUUGUGAAUUAGUGAUGUCUCGAACUGUUCGCCAAACGGUUUGCGAACGGUUCGCCGCGGACUCAUCAUUGAGUAAACUUUGACCCCGUACCUCACAGUCAGCAGACACAUUCCAGCCAAUCAGCAGCAGACCCUCCCACCUCCUGGACAGCAUCCAUUUUACAUUCAUUGUGAAGCUACAUUGGCUGGAAUGUGUCUGCUGACUGUAAGGUACAGGGUCAAAGUUUACUCAAUGAUGAGUCCGCGGCAAACCUUUCGCAAACCGUUUGGCGAACAGUUCGAGACAUCACUAUUUGUAAUUAUUCAGCGUUAUGUGAUGUUUGUAUAUAUUUAAAAUGAAUUGCAAUACAAAUAAAGAUUUAAAUAGUUGGAAUCACUCUAGGUUUCCCCCAUGAAACUGCCUAUAUUCUAAUUUUUUUACAGUCAUAUUUCUUACGUUUUAUUAUACAAAAGUUAGGCUGGGUAAAGAUAACCCAUUUCUUUGCCACUUGGUUUUGCACUUAUGUUGGACAGCAGCACCAGCAUUCUAUGCCAGCCUAGACACUAUGCUGCAGAGUCUGCAGAUACUUUAUCCAGCCGCCGUGAUAUCCUUGCUUUGUAUUAAGUCCAAAGGAGGGCUGGCAAGGGGAAUGGGGCACAAAAUGAAACAAUACUUUGUAACUGAGGCCUUAUAUUAUUAUUAUAGUUCUUGCAGAAUUAGUAUAAAAUAGAUAUAUGUUAAAAUUGAGAAAGGGAGUGGAGUUUGCUGGUCUGAUCUCAAAUUGGGUAAUUUGUUGUUGCCCCCCUAAGCAGGAUAAAUGCAGCCAUUCCAUGAUUAUGUCUGUAUUCUGUUUUUUGUUUUGCCAUUGUUGCAGUUUGAAACUGUUUAUUAUAGAAAUAUUCAGUGUAAUAAAAGAGAGUAAGUCACGUUAUAGUUUUUACUGAAUGGUUUGAGCCUCUGGGAACAGUAUAUACACUAUGUAAGCAAAUAAAAGGAUAAAGGGAUUAAAAUAGUGAAAACCAUGUAUUCCCUUACUAAUUCUAACAUCAUCUCACAUCCAUAUGCAAAUUAACAACUAUAUCGGGGAGGAAUGAGUUUGCAUAUGGUUUUGUGUAUUUUUGAUUCUAACCCAAUGUGUAGGUAUGAUCUGGCACCAGGCAGACAAUGCUGGCCCGCAUCUCCCCCAGUGCCACCCAUGUCCUCCCCUCAAACGUUUCUCCUUAAAGGGACACUAUAGUCACCAGAACAACUACAGCUUAAUGUAGUUCUUCUGGUGAGUAUAAUAGUUCCCUUCAGGCUUUUUUUUAUGUAAACACUGCCUUUUCGGAGGAGGUCCUGAUUGGCCGAAAUGAAAUUUGGCCCCGUCCCAUGUUGAUUUUAGCCAAUCAAAUGCUUUCCCUAUGGGAAAGCGGUGCUGGAAAUAAGGUGAAUUUUAAACUUUUAUAGGGGAGCUAAGUGGCAAGCCACCUCAAUGAUGGGUUAAACACUAUAGAAUCAGGAAUACAUGUUUGUGAUUCCUGACCCUAUAGUGUUCCUUAAACCACAACAAAGGAUAGAGAGGGGGGGGGGAAUAGAAUGUUCCUUAAAAGAAAAUCCUGAAAAAUGGUUUUACUUUAUGUUUUCAUUUAUCAAAGCAUCAAAUAAAAAAAAAAAUUAUUGUGACAGUGAACUGGAUUUAUUUUUCUCAUGUUUUUAAGUUUGUUCAGCUAUAUACGUAUGUAAUAGCAGUAAUCCUAUCCAAUGAAACAAUUCAUGAUCACUGUUAAUUUGUUAUGAGGUUUUACGAUGACGCCCCUAUGGAUAUUACUACUAUUCUGACCUGGCGUAGUGAGUUAAAUAUGGCUUUAUUUUAUAGCUCAGCUCACUGCUUCAUUGAGCUCAAUUUGCUGUACGUUAAUGUAACCAGCAGCAGACAAAAUCCUCAAUUCUAUAUACUAGUACAGUUCCCAUGCAUUCCUAAAUCGUAAGAAGUGGUCCCGAAGGGUUAAAUGAAAGCGUUCUCCCAGAGGAGGCAUGAAUAAGAAAACAAUUCGUAAAACUAUUUUCAUUGUUACUGUUUUUAUACAUUUGCUUACAGUGAUAAAAAUAUAGAUAUAUAUAUCAAAGGUGCAGUAGAAGGGAUCAAGCUCUUUCUGGACUACCACUUAACGGUGGAGGCUAGUCCAUGGAGGCAGCUUUUUGUUGCAAUAAAGUAAAGUAAAUAUAUUGUUGUGUUAAGGAUUAAUGGUAAGUGUGUGUUGGACAAAAUUAUGUUGUGUCUGUCGUGAUGAGUAGUUCUGCCUUUUAGAUUUGAGAAACUAAUCAUGUCAAUGAUUUUGACACGAACUGGAAACUGCUCCAUUUUCAGAUAUGUUUAGACUGUUCUAACAAGAUUUCUGACAUCCCCCAUUGGCUUUGCUUUGGGACGUCAGAUCAUGGAGACCCUAAAAGACAGGCUUGUGUAUGGUCCUACCUUCUAGAACUGUCAUUGGAGGUUUAUCAGAGCCUCUUUAAAGUGGUGGUUAUGUCCCAGAUAUGUGUAGCUAUAGGUUUACGCUGUUGAAUAGGGUGGAUCCCAGAAAGUCAGGAGGCAAAUUCAUAUUCUGGGAAAGACUCUAGUAUCCCACCAUCUUUAAAUGCCAGCUAUUGUUACGUAGGGCUAUAUGGUCUCUUUUUAAUAUGUGAUGGAGUACAUUUAGCUUUUUUUUGUUUUACCAUCAGUCACUCUGAUUUCUUACUUUUGAAUUUGUAAUUGAUUCUGAUUUCUGCCUUUGGUUGAAUUGUUGAAAAGAUCUAUAAGUAUUGUUUCCUCCAACCCCCCCCCCCAAAAAAAAAGACAGCACAAACCAAAUUUAGUAAUCACCUUAUAAACUUUGCUCUGCUAUUAAAGGGUUAGUUCAACCAAAACCUGGUUUUAGAUGAAAUAACCCUUCGCUUCCUCAACCACCCUCUCCGCAUCUUAAAGAAAGCAAAACAAAACGAAAAAAAAAACGUUUAAAAUCACCUUACGCUCCAGCGAUGAGGCCAAGUUCUCCCUCAGUCCGAUCUUCCUCCACUGAUGUCACUCCCCCUCGCUGAAGAAAUAGGGAAGUCCGUGAGGGAGGGUUGAGAGGAGGUCAAGGAUAGCACAGGCAGGGGGGCCUGCUGUGAUUGGCUGUCUAGUCCCAGCAUGGUGUGUGUGGUGGCGUUAGACACCAAUUGUAAACAGAAUAUUAGAAUUAAUUAGCUAAUGACACUUAAUGAAACUACGCUGCCAGAGAAGGGUUACACCUCCGGCAGCAGAGUAGUUAAUCUCCACGUGUGCUUCAUUCACAGCGAAAUGCUGCAUAUACAUACUCCAGGCACCAUAACCACUUCAAAUAACUGAAGUAGUCAUUGAGUUUGGAGUAACCUUUGAAAUAAAUUCAGUAGCAAAGCAAUUAAAUCAUUUUCUUAGACGAGGUACUGCUCGGUUUUCUUGGUGAAUUGAAAACAGAAUUUCAAAAUUUAGGUGAAACACUUUAUGGUUUUCUAUAUAUUUUAAAAAGCCAUAAUCCACUUUAUUGGUUAAUAAGUAGCCUGUGAAUAAUGGUAGUAGCUGACCUCAAAGCUGUCUCUGCCAUAUGCUACAGCAACAACUGUAUUACAAAUCUUAUAAAUUGCUCCUGUGCAAGAGAGAUAUAGACAGCAAUGACAGCAACAGGAUUGGCCAAGUGCUUUCAGCCACUUCCUAGAUUAUCCUGUGGUUUUGCAGCAAACAUAGGGACUCUGAUGUGAGUACAUAGUUAAAAUCCUUAUUAGUUUUAUUGUAUUUAUCUUAUUUACAAUUACAAAAUAAGAGUAAGUUGAAGUUCCUAUCUUGGAUUCCCUUUAACGAAACCUACCAAAACUUCUCAAUAUUUUUCAGGGACUUUAACAUCAAUUAUUUAAUAAUGAUUUCACUUUAUCCAAAGUUUGUAAAAAAAAAAAAAAAAAACGAAAGAAAAAUAUUCUAUAAGUCUGCGCAGCCCUUGGAUCAGACAUUUGUGCGUUGGGAGUUCCUUUGCUUUAUUCAGCAGGGAACAAUCUACAAAAUAUAUAUUUUUCUUCAAUAAUUACUGAUAUUUCCUCUUUCGCCCACUCUUUUAAUUUCGAGACUUUCGGUUGAUCUUCCUCAUCUGUGGAUUGACCUCUGUCCUGCGUGUGGAUAUUUAUAAAGCUUUCUCUGCAGAUCCGUUCUCUUUCAGGAUAAAUGGAGAUUUAAUAUCUAUCGAGACAGCUAGAUUUAGCCUUGUUUCAAGCAACAAAUCUAUCUUCCCCUGGUCUUCAUUAAUAUCGCACUACCUUCCAUAUCUCUAUCAUUUAUAUAGUUAAACAUUGCUCUCCUUAUCUUGGAUCCUUAUUCUCUGACUAUAUUACACAGAUAUUAUUUUUUUAAUGUUUUUCUGGGAACCCAAAUUUUGUUAUUUUUUUAACAAAAUCGGUGGUUUACUGUUUCAUGGUCUUAGUGCUUGGAGCUUAGCGGACGUGUCGCAUGACUAUGCUUUCUGAAGACAGUUCCCCGGUGUCUUCACAAGCAGGACAUCAGGGAACAAAGUUGGAACUCGUUGCAGGACCCUGAAAUCGGGAAAGUCCCUACAUUUAAGCAAAUUGCUGAUUUGGAGAAAUUAUUCAAGUCAGAUAUAAACGCUUCUUGAAUUUUAGAGCCUUAGUUUUGCAAUUUGCGAAACUGAGGGGAAAACUAUCUUGCCAUGGUGUCAUAACCUUUUGUAAAGGUAAUUCACACUUUAAUAAAUAAUAAAUAAUUAACUAUAAUGUAAUUUCUAACAGAAACUCUACAUAAUAGCUAACUUGACCCUUUCUGUAAUGUGGCUGAAAAAUUUAUGAUCUUCUGUUCUGCUUAGAAUUGAGAAGGGUUUAGAUGGGUUCAACCCAUGCCUCCCAAGUGUCCCUAUUUAGAAGGGACUGUCCCUAUAUAGUGAUCAAAUCACUUUAUCGUUCUUUUCUAUCCUCUAGAAUGUAAGCUCAUUGAGCAGAGCCCUCCACCUCGCUGUUCCUGUACGUCCAAUUGUCUGGUUAAAAUUGCAUGUCUGCUAGUCCACCCAAUGUACAGCGCUACAGAAUGUGAUUGCACUAUAUAAAUAAUAAAAUAAUAAUAAUUAUAAUAAUGUCCCUCUUUUCUAGGAGCUCCAUAUUGUUGGUGUGACUGAGUGUAAACGGAGUUCCACAGCAAUAAUACUCCCAGCAAUGUGUGUUUAAACUACAAUAAAUGUGUUUAGAAAUUAGUCUGUGUAAAUAUGAUACAUUUCUCUCGUUUUAAAUUACAUUUUAGUUCUAUAAAUUGUUAUUGGUGCUAACAAGCCAAAACCUGGCCACGUCCCUAAAAUCAAAAUAUCCGUCUAUGUGUGUUUGAAAUGUUGGGAGAUAUGAUUCAACCCAACACCGAGACAUCAUUGACUUUGCGGGGGGAGUGUGCUUACAGGCUGCACUGCGCAGUGGGCGUGUGCUUAUACACCAUCAUUCCACACUCAUGGCCACACUGAAUCAACUGAAAGGUGAUUUCCCUCUGAAGGCCAGUUUAUUUAAUAAAAGGUGUGGGAGUUCCUCCCCAGUGAAAUACUGAACUGAAACUUAGAUAUAUAUAUUUAUCUACGGCCCCUUUUAAAUAUGUUUUCUAUCUGCAGGACAUCAAUUCCUUGAAAAUCUUUGUUUUUGUUUAGUUAACCUUGUGCUUGUUUCCUAAAUCACACUAAUCAGUCCCAUUCAGGCAUGUCUUUAAAGCCUUUCCAGCCUGUCCGUCUUAAUAUGUCACAAUUCGUUAGGAUUUUCCCAUAUUUACAGCAGUACAGAAUAUGCAGGUUGUUAUGAAAUAGAUAUAAAAAAAAUGAUGAUCACCCGGCCUUCAAAGAUUCUGCUUUAUUCGGUUUUUUGCUUCAUAUUAAGUUAAAAAAAAUCUAUUCAGUCCCUUUGAGUUUUCCCUUCAUUACUAGUUUUCUGUCCUCCAGCAAAUUAAUUUCUUUAUACCGCGCGGCAGUCCUUUUCAUGUCCUGUGUACAGCAAAACAUGGCAUCCAUAUUGGUAAACAGAAAUUAGAGAAUGAACCCAAGGUACACCAGGAUUUUCACAUAACAAAUUAUUUUUAUUCAUGCAAUAUCAUAAUAAGAUAUACAGAUUUCAGAAGACAACAUGCAUAUAAUAGUGCAGAUUAUAGCCUUCCUCUGGGGGCCGAAAUGUCAGGGCUGUUAUUUCUCCUGCUCUUGGUCAGUAUUCCAUUUACAUGGGUGUUGGUUGACAAAUCUUUUGAGAAAUCUGUAUUAUUAUGAUAUUGCAUGAACAAAAAUAAUUUGUUAUGUGCAAAUCCUGGUGUGCCUUGGGUUCAUUUCCUAAUUUCUGUGUUUAUCUAUAUAUAUAUACCUGUUGCGUGACAGGUUUUUCCCUUUAUGAGCACCCAGUACCCUGUAUACCACAUUACUUAUCAACCCUCUCCGGUUGAGCUUUUCCUAUAAUUGUAUGUCCAUACUGGUAUAUGCUGAGGGUCCUAUAUUAACUAUAUAUGUAUGCAAUAGCAACAAACACUCUUGGCUAACCUCUUGCACUACUGCUGGACCAUAGUUUGAAUUAUGCUUAUUGAGGGUUUCCCAUAAUUCUCUGUUUUGUUGAAGUUACGGUAUGUCAUUAUUUACCCAUUUUCACAACUUUACUGAAUAUUAAUGCGUCAGCUUCCUCAAAUGUUUUUUAGUUGGGUUCACCACCCUUGUUCCCAUUGAAAUCAAAUAGGAGCCAACCCAGGCUCAAAAUAAAUAAAAUAAAAAAAGAUAAAUAAUUGGACCAAAGGAGAGAAUCAUGGGGAAAGCAGGGUAAUUAGCAUGAAAUGUCCUGUCUAUGCCGUUUUGGUGAACAACAGUGUUGUCCGAGUGUAAUUGUAUUAAUUGAAAAAAUAUUACAAACUAGGGUGCUGUGAAAUACAUUGGGGCUUUAUUAACAAUAAUAACAAGUAACUCAUUUUAUAAGCUGGUGGCUUAGAGAAGACUGUGGCUUUUCAGAUCUGUAAAUGUAUCGAAAUUUCGAAAUUUAGCAAAAGUAGCUGAUUUGGGAAAAUUCUCAAGCUCGACAAGACAGAAUUUUUUGCUGAAAUUUUGCAGUUUGUUUUUCACCAAAAAUUCAGUGUUUAGCAAAAAAACAAACUAGUGUUUUUUUUUUGUAUCCAUCGUCUGUGAAUUGAUACAUUUAAUCAAUGGCCUUACAGUUUCAUGGGUCCUUUGUUUCUUCUUUCUUAUAAUUAUCCUUUUUUUGUUCUGCUUGCUAAACUUCAUUCACAGUGAUCUCUCUCUCUCCACUGCCCCUUCGUCCCAUCCCCCAUGAGCAAUAGGGGGUAGGUGCAAAGGAAAAAGACAGCAGAGGCUGCAGGAAAUUAAAAAUAUAAUGAAAACAAUCAUAAUCUACAUGACCCUCUCAUCCCUCACUGCUUUCCCAAGGCAGGAUGCUAACAAUGUCAUCUCAGGUUUCCAGCCGCCCUCUCACCCCCCUAAAUAAAAGUGUAUAUUGGGGGUGGGAGGGGGGGGAGUAGCUGUAAUAUCGCCAUGUGAUAAAUAGCCCAGUUCUUAUCUUAAUCUGACUGUUUUGUCAUCCAUCCUGUGACCCAAUUCAGACUCCAGGGGCCCAUGUGGAUGUUACACAUACAAUUUAAAUGUAUUAACAGUGAACACAGAACUUUAAGAGCCACAUGAUCCUCCUAUUUAAAAUGAGAUACAAUGUAUGAGAUCUGAGGAAUGUGUUGGUUCUUUUUUUUGUACCUGUUUAGAAUAUUGUAGAUAUUGUUUAUACAUUUGAAGGUACAUUCAAACAGCAGAACUACUACAGCCUACAGUCCCUGGUGCCCUUCAUAAGCAAAUAGCACAGUUCCCAAGUGUCCCUAUUUAGGGGAUCAUUCCCUAUUAUCAGCCCAAAUCCCCUUGUCCCUCUUUUCUAUCCUAAUAUCCCUCUUUUCUUUGUUAAUGUCCCUCUAUAUUGUUGGUGUGUCUGAGUGUAUAACAAGAGCACUACAGCAACAAUACUUCCAGUAAUGUUAUUUAAACUGCAAUAAAUGUGUUUAGAAGUCUGUCUGUGUAAAUAAGAUACACUGUUCUUGUUCUAAAUUACAUUUUAGUUCUAUAAAUUGUUAUUAGUAAGUAAUCUAAAAUGUCUCAGAACAGCCCUGCAAAUGACCACAGCCCACUCACACCCCAAAAUUGAAAGUGUACCUCUUUGUCUAUUUGAAAUGUUGGGGCAUAUGAGGUAGUGAAACCAUUUAAGAGCAGUUUGACAACUAACUGAGAGUCCACUUGGUGCCUGCUGCCUCCUCCACUACAGCCGGAAGCUCUGCCACUGAGCCAAGCCUGGCAGGUGACACUCUCAUUGAUCUAGCCUGGCAUGGCAGAGCUAAGGUCAGUGGAGCUAACAGAAGCUCUUUGUUAAAGCUUCCGACUCCAGGAGAUGCUCAAUAGGCACUUAAUGGACUCCAGGCAAGUUGUCAAUCCAUUCGUCAAUGUUUUGACUACUUACACUGAGAGGAAGUUAGAGCACUCAAGACACCAUAACCACUACAGUGGUCUGUAGUGGUAAUAGUGUUUUGUGUUGUCCUUUAAUGCAUUGGCAUUUAAAUGGUCAGCUUCAACCCCUUAAGGACCAAACUUCUGGAAUAAAAGAGAAUCAUGACAUGUCACACAUGUCAUGUGUCCUUAAGGGGUUAAAUGUCUUCAUAACAGUCACGACACAGGAUGACACUGUGCUUAUUGGAACAAAGCAUUUUAAGAAAACAUUUGUUUUGUUUAGAGUAACCCUUCCUAUUCUGCCUCACCUCCCAAACUUAAAAAAGAUGAAAUUUAUCUCUGUUCCGGCUUUGUUGACUGCCAGACAGAGGCCAAGUUCUCCCAUUAGCCUGAUCCUCCUCUGUUGAUGUCUCUCCCCUUAGUUGUCGAGGGAGGCAUAAAGGGGGAGUACAGGCUGAGGAAAGGACAUCGGCAGCACUGAGGGGGAAGCUCUGCUGCUAUUGGACGUCUUUCACCAGCAUGCUCUGCGUCCUGAUGACACACUUUUAAUAUGCACACAAUUGAUAUUAGCCAGCUGUAGCUUUAGUUACAACUCCGGCAGCAACGGAGUUAAACUCAGAAUGCGCAGCGAUUCAUAGCUGCAUCGUGACCAUGUCAAAUCACUGAAGUGGUCUUGGUACUUGAUGUAACCAUUUAAUAAUAGUAAUAAUAGUAAUGUUAAAGCAGGCCUUUAGGAUUUUGGGGAAGUGAGGGUAGAAUUUGGCAUGGGGAAGGUUAGGGGGUAAUUGUUUCCAACAUGCAAUGGAUUGUAAACAACUCCUAUGAUCUUUAGCCAAGUGAAGCUGAUUCCUAGCAUGCUCAUUAAUCAAGCAUCAUUUAAAGAAGCUGGGCCUAUUUGGUAACGAGACCUGGGGUCCUCUGAGCCAAUGACAGAAUAAUAGUGUGCGGUAUAAUCUGUGAUCAUAAGUGAUCACUGUUAUUUCCAUGCACCAUUCGGUGACAUUGCUGGUCACUAGUGAUAGAUAAUGAUGAGAUUAUAUGCCUGGUUUGGGGAACCCAGGGCCUCUUCUCUAACAGACCCAGCUUGCUUCUCUAAACUGUGCUUGAUUGAUGAGCCUGCUCGCCAUAUGCUGUACGGGCCACAGUCUCAAUGAACGUGCUUCUGUGCUGAAAUAUUAAAUAAACACGUGGUGAUUAAUAGGAGGUAGGACAUUGUAAAUACCCUCUGGGAGAAUCUUGCAGCUACCAAUCUGUAAAUUACCUGAUAUUAACCAGUAUAAUCAUAUCAUCAUAAAUAUAGACACGUGCACAUUAUUUUUAUUACAGUCAUAUGUGUUUAAUAAAUGCUCAUUACUCAUUAUUGAUAAUAUAUAUCCGCUCAGUGUUUAUUCUAUCUAUAUUAUUAAUUCUUUAUAUUACUCUAUAGAACUUCAUAGACAGAAAGAUUUCAAUAUAAUUUCUAAUUUACUAACAACUUGCUAUUUAAUUAGUAAAUAUCUACUAGCUCUAAUUCCCUUUUUGUAAGCACAUCUUCCUUUUUCCACAAUGUUCUUCUGCCAUCAUACAACACUCCAGAAUAUGUAGGCUCUAUACAUGCAAACGGCAACACUAACACAAAUCUUUUUAUACUACAAGCCUAAAUUGCACCUUUCACUCUUGUCUUCUUUCCAAGGUUUGGUUCCAGAACCGAAGGGCAAAGUGGAGAAAGAGGGAACGGUUUGGACAGAUGCAGCAAGUACGAACUCACUUUUCAUCGGCCUAUGAGCUGCCACUCUUAACCCGAGCAGAGAAUUACGCCCAGGUGAGUUAUUUAGUCGUCUGUGUUGUUAUUAUUACCGAACUUAGACUUUCAUUUAAUAUUUUAGGAUGACCUCUUCAAAUGAGUUAAUAUUUUCCCACAAACGUUUAAAAUGAUUGCUUUCAAUCAAAUAAAAUAUAAAAAAAAUAUAUAAUAUAUAAAAAAAAUAUAUCAAUAUAUUAAACAUAUUAAAAUAAUCAAAAUAUUAAAUACUUUUAAAAUUGUAUCCAAAAAUAGUAAAUCGAGGCCUUAAUCAUACUGAGAAGAUCGAAAGGCUGAGUUAUUAAAGGGUCAGGUCAGAUUUACAAUCCUAACAUGCUUAUUUACUAAAUUGCCAAUUCAGAGCUAAUUCAAAGUGAAUUAAAAAUUUCAGACCAAAAUAUCAGAAUUGGAAAAACCAGGUAUGUUUCCUGAUUGGCUACUUUGGCCUAAAACUUUAAAUUCACUCUGAAUUCUCACUUCAUUGAAUAACCAUGUAAGAGUCUUCAGUCGGGGCACUAACCACUGAGCUACCCAGAUCUCUUCUAGUUCCAGUUUACAUUUUGAUGAUGACAGAGGUUUUUACAAAUUGGCUGUGUACACCUAUACUCUAUAGAAUUACAGCAGAAAUUGGAUUAAGAGUGAACGUAUCCACUUUUAUUAGGGAAAAUGUGCCUCUCCUCCUUAUUUAAGUUGGCAUUGAGUGUAUAAACAUAAUAGAAAUGAGGGGUUUUAGUUAAAUGAUUUACUCUCUCUCUGCUACAGCCAUAGAAGCAUCCCAAGUGUUUUGUGGACAGAUGGCUUAAUAUUAUUUAUUAAGUACACCACCUUUAUUCAGUAGCACUGUACAAUGCUGCUGCCAAAACCCUUUUAAGAGUAGACAAAAAAAAAAGCACCUCCCAAUUAACACCUGAACAGUCAGCUGAAAAUGGAGAUUUUUCUAAAAAGAAGGGGCGACCUAUCCUGCUAUAAAACCAUUAUAAUAUCAAUAUAAAUAUAUGUAAAGUAACCUGUAAAGUGUUAAGUAUACUUGUUACUGCUACAUAGAUAUAAUAUACAUACCCCUUCAUGUGCGGCCACGGAGGUAUGCUUUGCGGGCCGGGGGGCCGCAAAACAUGGCGGCGGGUACCCGGUCACAGGGGUCCGCAGGGCAGCCGGGCCUCCUGGAGUGACAGGCAUGCUCCCCCUACUGUAAUGUAACCUGUAAAGUGCUGAGUACACCUGUUAGCGCUAUAUAAAUAAAAUAUACAUACAAUGUAUACCUACUGCACUUACUGUACCUCCCUCUACUGUAAUGUAACCUGUAAAGUGCUGAGUACACCUGUUAGCGCUAUAUAAAUAAAAUAUACAUACACUGUAUACCUACUGCACUUACUGUACCUCCCUCUACUGUAAUGUAACCUGUAAAGUGCUGAGUACACCUGUUAGCGCUAUAUAAAUAAAAUAUACAUACACUGUAUACCUACUGCACUUACUGUACCUCCCUCUACUGUAAUGUAACCUGUAAAGUGCUGAGUACACCUGUUAGCACUAUAUAAAUAAAAUAUACAUACACUGUAUACCUACUGCACUUACUGUACAUCCCUCUACUGUAAUGUAACCUGCAAAGUGCUGAGUACACCUGUUAGCGCUACAUAAAUAAAAUAUGCACACACUGUAUACCUACUGCAUUUACUGUACCUCCCUCUACUGUAAUGUAACCUGUAAAGUGCUAAGUACACCUAUUAGCACUAUAUAAAUAAAAUAUACAUACACUGUAUACCCACUGCACUUACUGUACCUCCAUCUACUGUAAUGUAACCUGUAAAGUGCUGAGCACACCUGUUAGCUCUAUAUAAAUAUAAUAUACAUACACUGUAUGCCUACUGCACUUACUAUACCUCCCUCUACUGUAACAUAACCUGUAAAGUGCUAAGUACACCUAUUAGCACUAUAUAAAUAAAAUAUACACACACUGUAUACCUACUGCACUUAUUAUACCUCCCUCUACUGUAAUGUAACCUGUAAAGUGCUGAGUACACCUGUUAGAGCUAUAUAAAUAAAAUAUACAUACAUUGUAUACCUACUGCACUUACUGUACCUCCCUCUACUGUAAAGUGCUGAGUACACCUUAGGGCGGCUCCAUAAAUAGGAAAUCCAUUCGAGAAAACCUGUACUUUGUGGUUUAUACACUAAACUCCGAAUUGUAGCAGAGAGGCACCCUCCUCCCUCCCUCCCCGCCCCCCCCGCCCCACUUGUGCCUCAGUUAACUUUAUUUAUAGUUGAUUUGAUAGUUUUCACAUCCCUAUUUUACAUCACUACGGAAUAUGUAACAAAGUAAACAUUUUGGCGACCUAAAAUCACCACCCUGAGAACCACUUAUCUACUCAUAUCUUACAGUGAAACAUACAGAGUCUAAGAUUAUCAGCAUUAUUUACUAACGUGAGAAAGUUAAAAUGAAUUUAAAGUAAAUUUCUGAUUUAAGGCCAAAGUAGCUGAACGGAAAGCAUUUUUUUACCUUAAAUUUGGAUUUGACUUUGAAUUCACGUUAGAAUUGUCACUUUAGUUAAUAACUCUUCAUAUUUUGCCUCCAGACAAAAAGUUGUGUCAUAUUGUCAUCCUUUGCAAGAAAUUACCAUGUCCUUAUUAGAUGUCCUUCACCCUUUCCUAAAAUCCCAGCAGUGUGUGCACCAUUAGGCGGGCAUGAGAACGUUUAAUGGAGAAAGGGGUAAAACAAGAUUCUGUGGCGUUGUGAUUAAGGCAGCUUUGAUUCCCCGGUCAUUUUGUAUUUAAUCAGUAUCCAUAAAACUAAGAGUGAGCGUAAAAAGGAAUGAGUUGUAAGAAGGGAAAAGGUCAAAUGUUUGACGAGCAGGAGGGCUGCUGAGAGACUUCUGGAAUGUUCUGCUCCAUAGUCCACAUCUGGUGCUUUUCUGUUACAUUCUUUCAUUUCAUAAUCUCCCCCCCCCCCAGCUCAUUUAUUCCUAUGGGACGUGGGGGUGAUCUCUGAAAUAUGAGCUGCAAUCAGAAUGGACAUGGGGUGCGGGGAAGAAAUCAACGUAAGCCUAUCAGCUCUCUGCUCCCCUGAAAGAAUGGCUAGUGACCUAUACUGGACAACUGUCAUGGGUUUCGGCAGACAGUCCCUAGUUUCAACCUUGUUCCAGGUCUUAACUCUAAUCACAACCAUCUAGUUAGUAUUGGCGAAAAACGUUGGCAUAGCAACUGCUGUAGGAAAUGCUUUCCCAUGAUGCUCCACAAUUUGUAAAGCUGGCUGAGAAUCAUGGGAAUGGUAGUCUAAAGUUUGAGUGGAUGGCUUUGGCCAUUAUUAUCCUGCGUCCCAAGUCAUAUCUGGUCAACCUCAGGCUCUCCAAUCAUUCAACAGUAUUUUAUUGCUCUAAGUGUCUAUUUAAAGGGUUAACAGACUACGUGCCCCCCAAAUGUCUUGUUUGCUGGCCAUUUAUUAUCUUCUUAAGAAUGGGUAUCUAUAAAUAGCAAUUCUGGGUUAGUUCUAAAUCUGUGGCAAUCACCAUGGAAACCAGUGUGUUUGAAUGGUCUAACAAAUUUCAUUGGUUUAAUGUUGAUGGCACCCAUUUUUAUAGAACUACCACAUUCCAUUGAUUACCAUGAUAUUUAAACAGCCUUCAUCCCGGCUCGGAGUGAUCCCCAAUAUUAAUCCAUAAUAAGAUUACGUAUGACUGCAAAUACGCAAAACAUUUUUUUUAAAAAAGGGGUUCGUUUCAGAUUAUUAUUUAAAAGGUCCUGCUGCAUUUGAAAAAAAGUAAACAUCAGCAGCAGAUAGCCCGCCCCUCUCCAGGAAGAGUAUCCACCAAUCAGGAGCCUCUCAGUCUGGUCUGUAGGGUCUGAUCCUGUACCAGUGGCCCAGGCAGGUGGGGUCAAACAUUGUGCGCUGCGGCCCGCGUGCCCUGUGUUUGAAGUGAUACACACAGUGAUUGUAGCACCAUUUCACUGUUAUCAAGCUUUGCUAUAUAUUGUUUUUAUAUUACGCAUGCACAUCCUGCGCUCAGGUGGACGUUGAAAGUCUUCCUUUGACGUUAGAGGGAGAAAGGGUAGUAUUUUAGCUGUAAUUAGACAGGAACAGAGGACCUUGUUGAACCAUUAAGAUUGGUACUCAUUGCUUUGAGAGAACACUCGAAGCACCAUAAUAACUACAGAUUGCUGUAGUGGUUAUGGUGCUUGGAGUGCGACAUCCCACAGGAAGAUGCCAAACUUUUUUAGCAUGUCGUGACAACUAUAGGGGCUCAUGUAAGUUGUCACGACAUGCUAAAACAGUUUGGCAUCUUACUUCACAUCUGCCAUAGACGGUCAUUACGAGAAGCUGUAUUGCGCUGUAGAGCAAAGUAAGCGAAUGCAGGACUACGCUCAUUGGUCAAAACAGCUCAGCUGACGCUCUCAGCCAGUGAUUGUGAUCUUGCUCUAACCACUGAUUCCUUCUCCUGAAGAUGAUUGGAGCGAUGGAAACUGCGCUAAAGUGGUUUGACAUCGUACUAUGGAUCAGUGCCAGGGUCAGUGCUAGGCGUACUUACAGCAACUGCAGGAGCUUCCAACAUAAGGAGCCUUUUUAGUUUUCCUGUUAUAUUAAAAAAUACUCCAACCACCAUAACCACUAUCAUGCACUGUAGUGGAUAUAGUGCCAGGAGUGUCAUUGCACCCCUCCAACGUAAGUAAUCAAACCACUUGACACCAGUUUGACUUAUUACCCAGAGUCUGCCAUGUGCCACUCAUUGCCUCCUCUUACCUGGAAGUAAGAGGUGAGAGCUCCUGCUAGGAGCUUUAGUUAGCUCUCCUGAAAGCAAGAACAGAACUUCCCUUUGAGAGGAAGCAAGGAGUUGUGCUUAACAGACUCCAGAAAGAUUAAAGUCAAACUGUUACUAAAUGGUCUAGCUACUUAAAUAUGGUGCCAGAGCACUCCUGCUACAAUAACCACUGCAGUGCGAUUAGGAUGUUUGUUUAACAUUAUUAUUGCACAUAUUUUUUUAUGGAUUAUCCCUGUAGCGCACUGAAAUCAUGAAUUAAUUUAACCAGGAGUUUGUCAAAAACUUUCAGGACCCUUUUUAUGUCACAAUAAAUCUGUUUGGGAUUAUGUCCAAUCUCAGCCCUGUCUAUCGCUUUUUCUGUGGAGAGUCCCUAUAAACAUUAAUAUUAAUUGAGGGGUAAAAGCUUACAUUUCUAAGAACCAGUGGAUUUGUAAAACACUGUAAAAAAAAUAAAUAAAUAAAAACACCGGUUUGAUCAAACUGUAUAAACAUUAUAAACAGCUGCACGUUUUAAAAUAUCUGAGUGAACGUCAAACCCUGUAAAACAAACAUUGGCGCUCUUCAUCGCACAGAACAUGCACUAAGCGCAGCGUGGGUCGCCGUGUGCGCAGGGUUAAGUGGGUUUGUGCUUUUAGAAGCAUUGACACGUGAAGGGUUAAGAGCUGCUGAAAAGCGCUGUGUAAUUUAUUUGACUUUGAAGCUCCUGUCACAGCAUCGCCCAGAUGUGGAGACACGUGGUAAAAGUAUUUGGGAUGCAUACAAGACACAGAUCAUGAUAACAGGCGUGUAUUUGGAGAAUAUUCCUGUACAUGGAGAACUGUUAACAAUAACGCAUUAAGAAAGAAAAGGCAGUAAGUGUCAGUUUUGCUUUCCAAGCUUGUUGUGGGAAAUAUCCUGUCCAGACCCAAAAAUUUGUACUGUAGAAAUAUUGACGAGGGCGCAUAACAUAUUUCUGGAAAGUUCUAGUUCCCAGAUACUAAGCUCCUUUGAGAAGGGCUUUCCAUACAUUCUGUAUGGAAAUUACUUUUCAAAUAUCCCUAUUCUAGAAUUGUACAGCGCUGCGGAAUAUGUUGGCGCUUUGUUAAUGCUAAUAAUAAUAAUUACAUUAAGAGUAAUUUAUUAUCAUGAUUAAUCACUAAAGUGAGAAUGAAAAGUGAAUUAAAUUUUUUUAAGAACUCAAAGCAUAGCGGAGAAUUUUUCCAAUUCGUCUAUCUUGGCCUUAAAUUUGAAAUUCACUUAGAAUUUUUGUAAAUGAGUGUAAUCUGACCCACAGUUCUAGUUCUGUGAAUGUGUUUGCUUUUCUACCGCCGUGGGAUGCGCUCCUACCAUCACACACAAAGAUUUUUAAAGGAAUUCAACCUAAAAGUUCAAAACACAGCCUUUUACUUGUGGGUUCAAAUUUGACUCUUCCCCAAACAACUUGUUCAGCAUGGCAGUUACAAAGAAAUAUUAGAGGGCAGAUAAAUUCAUUUAAUAAACUUUAUAAAUAAUUGUGUAGCUUUUGAAAGGCUAAGGCUUGAGGAAUUUCUAAGCUAUCUCAAAACACGAGCUUAUGCAUUCACUCCUGUCUUGUUCUCAAAAUACUAUUGAUAAUAUCAGCGUACUAUAGUUUGCUACUUGUUUGGUUAAUUGACUCAAUGUUUCCAAAAAAAAAAAUUACAAUUCAAAAACCCUAUGUAGAAUCCUUGUAGACACUGUGGGCAUAGGCAUGAUCGUAAGAUAAUUCAAAUCUGAAUCCAGUUUUGUGGGUAAUAAAAAGUUCCCUCUGGCACAAAGAAGAUGGGUUUUAGCUUUGAAAAUUCAGUCUAAUCUCGAAUUUCUUAUAUCAUGUUCUGUUAAUAGCCCAUAGACCCUCCUGUGUUAUUAGAGUGGCAUUUAAAGAGCAAGUUAACAUCUGAUUGAAAAUGAAAACCCUAAACACACACUUUGAAUUUCAUUGAUAACUUAAAUCUAACCUCAAUUUCUAUCCCGAUCAAAUAAAAUCCCUAAACCUAACCGUGCAUUCUCUCCCUAACUCAAAUGCUUCCCCAAUCUGUUUUUGUUUGUGUUGUUUAGAUAACAUCUUGAGGGCAAUACUAAAAUGUUGCAUUAAAAAAAACAAUAAUUGAUACUGCACUCAAAAUAAAGCAAAAAGAUGAUAUUUAAUCAAAGAUAGUGAAUCAAUUUCAUAUAUAUAUCAGAUAUGUACAAAAAAUGUGAAAAAAGGAUACUGUAAAUGACAAGUAUCCUAUGGCAACCAGUGUAAUAUCAUGUAAAAUACACGGUAUCCUUACAAGAGUUAAAUUCAUAUGAGUAUAAUAAAAGUUAAAUUCAUAUGAGUAUAAUACACUUAGAAGUAGUAUGAGAAAUUCUCAAUCUGGAUUAUUGACCAGUGUGGACAAAAAAAGUAUAUACAGUAUAUACAAUAUAUACAAUAAUGGAAAAAAGUAAUAGAAAAAAUAGAAAAAAUGAACAAAUUCCUUAAAAAAUCAAAAAUGGAAAAAAGAGAAAAAAAAGAAAAAAGGAAAAAAAAAGGGAAAAAAGAGAAAAAACUAAAUAAAAAAAUAAAAAAUAAAAAAAUGAAAAAAGUUGUAUAUACAGUCACCAGUGUGUACACACUAUUGUAUAUGGGUGGAUCUCACCAAUAUGCUUUGCUGAGAAAGGAAAAGUCCAGUUCUAGAUGAAGUUAUCUGAGUUGCAAAUUAUAGACUGUUCCUCCUAUUCCUCUCCUGUUGGUUGAAGGUGAUGGAUAUAGCAGGUACUUGGCAGAUCCUUGGAUAGUCCGGGUCAAAUAUGUCCAGAGCGUGGACUUCUUGUAGACUCUUGUACAGGAUAAACGGGCUGCGCGCUCGGGACCCUUCAGCCCCUUCAAAGGCCCUGUGUAAAAUGUUGCAUUGCCAUCCAAUAAAGUCUGCAUCAAGACAUAGAGGGGUGUAGGAGGUUGAGUCCAAAAAUGACUAGAGAGAUAAAGCUUUUCAAAGCCUGUUUUAAGAAUAACACUCAUUUAUAUUGGAACUCUUAGAUUGGCUGAUUCUUACAAUGGACUUCUGUAGCCCAUUCUAAUUAUCUGUGUUCUUCUUCCUACUUGCAGAUUCAGAACCCUUCCUGGAUUGGUAAUAACAGCGGAGGUUCCCCAGUACCUGCCUGCGUAGUACCCUGUGACACAGUCUCAUCCUGUAUGUCUCCUCACACCCAUCCGCACUCUGCUGGCGCAGUGUCCGAGUUCCUCAGUGUUCAAGGAGCUGGUGCUCAUGUGGGUCAAUCACACAUGGGAGGUCUCUUCAGCAGUGGGGCCAUGGGCCCUGGAAUAAAUGGGUACGACUUGAAUGCUGAGCCCGACCGCAAGAGCUCCAGCAUUGCAGCUCUCAGGAUGAAAGCCAAGGAACACAGCGCAGCUAUGUCCUGGGCCACAUGACAGAACCACCAGAUAAAACGGACAUUAAACCAUGCCUUACGGUACAGACACACAACGCACCACAAGGAGACCUUCUACAUAGUUUCCCCAAAGACUAGAAGCCAAACUUGACAAAUUUUGAAACGUCUACUUCUGAAGAAGUGCUGGGAAUUCUGCAAAUUGGGUUUGCAGAGGGCAAUAGAGGAAAUAUUCUGUACACUGACAAUCCAAAUAUUAAGGUUACUAAUCAGGGAUCUUUCACCCCAAAGACAAGGAGGUCAGCAAAGUGUGCGCUAAAAACCAAAAAUCUGUCAUCAACUGCUCUUCCUCAUUAUUACUACUUGUAGUGCCCUUCCAAACACCCAACAGUGCCUUGAAGAGGGGAUAGUGGAGUAAUACAGAGAAUUCCUGACAUCCUAGUGGGCUGGAAAACCCCUGAAAUAUCAGCCACUUCUUUGAUUUUCUAGACAGUAUUGGAAGAUAAUUUAAAGUCCACGGGUUGUACCAUUUCCAAAAAGACCCAAGAGAAAGGCUUCAAGCAGUGCAGGGAACAGCUGCCAAUUUUUGCAGAUGCCAUCAAGAUCACAUUUUGUCCCCCUGUUCAUGUUCAUAAUAUUUGGAAAUUGGAUUGCUUUGCUUUUAAUUAUUUUGUUGAGUUUUUUUUGUGUGUUUUGUUCUUUUUCUCUUUUCGCAUUUCUCUAAAGGGUACAAGGGGAGUAUGGGAGGGUUGGAAAGGUCCCCAUCUCUCCUGUUGAGAUGAAGGCAGCCAAAGAACCCUCUCAGCUAAAAGGUCAGUUUGUAGCCAGUCUGCCUGUUAGUCCACCAAAUGUAACAACAUUUUUAGUCAAAAAGACAACUGGUAGGUCUCAAGCUGUUUUUACGUGGCAGAAAAUGGUGGGAGGUUUAGGUCACAAACAGCAGGAUAAGUGAUCAUUAUCUACAUAUACAAUAAGUCAAAUUGAAGUUCAGGAGAGCGGAUGUAUGGCAUCAAUGUGUCACCUCUCUGCAAUUUAGAAAUUUGUAACUUUGAGGUUACCCUAUUUUUAGUGGAUUAAGUGUUCUCAUCAACCUCGGCAUUAAAAGGUUUUCUUGUUUUUCAAAGUCUUGGAAAAUCUCCAAAGAAACCAUUUCUGGUCAGUGCAAAAGACAGAAUUUGGCUUGUAAAUUUCCUCUCUCCGCAGUCGAGUGACACUGUUCGCCUCCUGGGUCAGCUGAGGUUUUCUAGAAAUUCAUACUUACGUUUAGAAAAUAGGGCAGAUCAGAAAGACGCUAAGACAGGAUCCUGGGAUUUAUGGAAGAGGCGUCGGCUUAGAAAACCUCUCACUUUUUCCAGUGUGCUUUUUAUUUUUUUUUAACAGAUUAUUCUCAAACAAGAAAGUUGGGUACUGAAGCCGAAACAAGCAACCUUUAAUUAAUCCGUAUAAAAGUCUCUAGUGAAGUUGUACACACAGAGGGAUUCCUUUAAACAUUUUAACUGUUGGUCUGUAUCCAGAAUUUCUGGACAUGUCACGUUUUAAGAAAUUCCAUCACCUUACAAAAUAUGACAAACCGAGCAUAGAAAACCAAAAAUGACCUUGUUCGUGGUCUGUAAACUAAAUUUUCUACGAUCUACCACGUGAGAAUUGCAUUUCAUAAACACAUGCCAUAGUUGUCCAUCUGUGUCUAGAAAUUUUAAUUUUCCUAGAAUGCCACUCUCUUCCUCUUCCGGAUUGGCUACUGAAUAUCUUUUUAGAAUGUUCUGCGACUUAAAAGGAACGGGGUUGCAGAGUUCCAUAGAUAAAGAAAAGAUAGGUUGAGAUAAAUGUCUAUAAGAAUUUCAAGUGACCAACAAAAAACUUCUACACAAUUUUUCUGCUAAUUUUCCCUAUUUAGAUGGAAGGUUCUCUUUAAUUUAAGUCAAGUUAAAUAGAGGCAUUUGGGAUCAUAUACUGCUUUCCAUUGGUUGGCUUUUAUCCAGAAACUCUCUAUGCAUAAGAGCUUAUAAAGUCCAUCCGUCUACUCUAGAUUGUGUUGGAGAUAAAUAUAUUUGGUUCCAUUAAAAUGUAACAAGGAAAUAUAAUCCUAAAGUGAAUUUGUAAUAUGUUCCAUGAAACCUGUAAUUGAGUAUAAAAAAGAAAAUCUGCCAAAUACCACAAAUUGUGACAUACUGGAUGUGAUUUCACAAAGUUUGGAAUGUCAUCUAUAUGAUUAGCUAGCUCACGUUUCCCUUGUAAUAAGAUUGGUUAGACUCAACUUAUAGCCAAUUUUAUUCUUUUCAAAUGAGUGCUUGCAUUCAUUAUGUAGAAAUUGGGUCCUAUUGAGACUGGAUGUGUACCACUAACUAGUACGCAUGGGAAGAGACCCAUCUCAGUGAUGUCACGUCAGUACCAAGCUGUGUUAGGGACCUUUCCAAAUGGUAUACUAAUGGAGUAGCCAGUAACUUUUAAACAGCAUAGAUUAUCUAUAGAUUAAUUCCUGCAUCGAAGGUGUAGUUACAAUGUUAAUUUGAAAAAAUACCAGCUAAAUUGUAAAUUUAAAUGAGUUGUUGGAGGCCACUUUUUAAGAAGCACCAAUCUAGCGUUUUGAAAACAUUAAACAUCGUGAAAUAUGUGGAUUUGCUGCUGCAGAUAGUGGAGCUCAGUUAAUGUUUUAGCAAUUCACGUGGCAUAUACGCAGGGCAGAUAUAAACGUAUUGUCAUUUCUAAUAGGUACAUGGCAGUUGAAUGCAUAAAAGAGACGGGGGAAGAAAAAUAGACUUAAAUAAGACCACACGAAUGUUAAGAGGACUGAUCAAUUCUAUGGCAUUCAUAUAUCUGAAUGGUUCAUAAUGCCUUCGUAUUAAUUGCUUCUAUAGGAAAAGGCACACAAACAUAUUAAAAUGUACAAGAUAUGGAACUUGACCGCUAUAUUUUACCAGUGCGGGAAUUUCUGCUUUUUGGAGCAAAAUGAGCUAUGAGAUCUAUACAAAAUAUAGGAGGAAAAAAAUAAAUCCAUUUGCAAAACAUAAACGCAAACGGUUAGGAAACAAAAAUAUAUCUAGAAUUUCAAUCUCACACACUGCUAAGAAAAUUUAAAGACUGAUGUAUACUAGAUAUCUGCAGGGGAAUGGCGAACGUGACUAUAAUGUAAAUUAAUUUGUGCAGAUCAAUUUCAAUAUAAUCUAAAGGUUUUCGAGGAUUUCAUACUGACCUCACUAUUUUAAAAGCGAAUGUCAGCUAGUUUCCUCCGCCGUGUUCUGUAGCAUUGGAUCCUUCUUUAAGUCUGUAGAGAGGUAUCUAUUUAAUACUACUGAUUAAACAUGCAGUGCCUUGCAACAGAGAAAUAAAUACCCCUUAGGGAGCGAAAGGAGGAGGGUGAGUGAUACAAGGAGUGUGAGAGGACAUAACCUCAACGACAAUUUGCUCCUCUCUCAUGUUUUUCCUAUGUGAUUGUAUUUGCUUUGCUUAACAAAGAAUGAGUUGGACACAUUUUAACACUAAAAUAUUAAUUAAAAAAAAAUAAGUUGUAUAUAGGCUUUAUCGCCAUCUCUAUAUGUAUUAUACACCAUUAUUGCUAUGACUUAUUAAAAUGGUGAUUCUUGUAA